CCCUGGAAUGAAUUAUUGCGUUGUGCACUUCACGUCUCAUUAAGUUGUCAUGCACAAAAAGAUUACUCAUUGACGGAUUACUUGUUUUUACUAUCAUCAUGGAUUCUGAUGAAUCGCAUGUCAAAAUUGCUUAUGAAUCUCAGGACGGCGAAAGUCAAGAAAGAUCUCAAGACGGUGAAUUUCCUUCAGUCAGCUUCAUCGAGAAAGAAGAAGUGCAAUGUGACGUGGAGCCAGUUCGGUUAGUAAGCAUUAGGCCUCUUGUUGAUACCAACGAUCACUCGGAUAGCAUCAAUUCUGUGGUCGAGCAACCGUCGAGACAAACUGCCCGCGAUUUGUCCAAGUAUAACUGGAAGCAUUUCUUGCCGAUUACUCGCCGGUAAGUUGAAGAUUUAUAAUUUAGUGCACUUUGGUUUUAGCCAAAGUUCACAGCCGUAAUAUGACUGUCUCAAGGACUGGGCAACGAUUUUCGAAGAACGUUUUUAGACGAGUAUUUUGCCUAUAAACUUACAAGUUGAGAAAUGUCCUUGUGAACAGGAGCUUGAGUAAUACAGAUAAUUUAUGUAUAACAGGCAAUUUUUUAUGGGGUACAUGUAAGCGCGAAUCACUGACCCUUUCAAAAGAGCUUACAUGUGCCCUAUAAUAACAGUUCCAUUGUUUGUUUUUAAGACGAUUUUUUUGGAAAGAAUUACAAGCUUCUAAAUGACCAGCUGCCAGAAGGUUUACCAAAUCACUAAAUGAAUGACAGUCCAGUCUUCUACAGAUAAUAACUAGGUUUAAAUUUAAAAAAAAAAAGGUUAGGGGACAAGGAAUAUAGGUGUUGUAUGAUAAGAUUAUCAUUCAUUCAAAGUAUUUCUCCAGUUCUGAUUAGCUAAAAUUCCAUGCAUAAUUCAUCAUAACCAACUACUGUCGACGAAAUUUGAAAUAAUUUUGUGAUAAUUUUUAUGUGAAAAAUGACGUCAACUGUGGAGCAUAAUUACUAGAAAACUGAAAAGUUAGCUGAGAAGACCUGCGACGAGGUUGAGUUGCUUUGGUUGUGAGUACAAAAUGGCAGAACAUUUAACGUACAAUAGAAUGAAACUACUUAAGAGCCACUUUACAAACGUUUAAUUUUGGCCCUGACAUACUCAACUGGUUUCAAGUUAUUUACAACCAAGCAUCGAGCUGUGUACUGCACAAUGGUCAUGCAUCGGACUUCUUCCUUCUCGAGCGAGGUGUGCGACAAGGUUGCCCACCCAGGGGCCCCACUCACAUAUUUUAAUGACGGGGGGUACAACACAGGUUCAUAUUUUAUACCCAAAAAAAUCCCAACUUCAGAAUUUGUCUACCCAAAAAAAUCCCUCCUUUUUUUAGCAUACCCAAAAAAAUCCCUCAGUGUUUCUGCAUCAGCAAAUUUUAUUAUUUAUCUUCUAGCUGGAAAGCUAAAACAUGCCAACUUCAACUUUGGUUUUGGCAGGAGCCGAUUACGGUUUUGGUCAAAAACAAAACUAUAAGUUGCGCUUAUGUUAUUUUUGACUUGAGCUGAUGAAAAAUACAAUACCCAUAAAAAUCCCUCUGCUGUUUUCGCGACCCAGAAAAAUCCCGGCGUCUUUCAUAGACCCCAAAAAAAUCCCUUUUGGCCAAAAUGUCAGACCCAAAAAAAUCCUUCGGACCUCCCCGUCAUUAAAAUAUGUGAGUGGGGCCCCUGGGGUUGCCCACUAUCUGGCCUCCUUUUCGUCUAUGAAGUCGAACUCUUAGCUCGAGUACUUAAGAAAGACCAUACUAUUAAAGGCAUCAAAGUCGGUCAGAAGGAAAUUAAGAUAACUCAAUACGCAGACAAUACCACCGUUUUGGUGCGAGAUCUUGAUCCUGUCACACAAUUACUAAAACAUUAGACAAAUUCAAGCAGAUCAGUGGCCUCGAAAUUAACACAAACAAAACCAAAGCGUUGUGGUUAGGAUGUUGGAGGUCGCGCAAAGAGAAGCCGUUUGGUUUUAGAUGGCCCGAAGAACCAGUCUAUGCCCUUGGUAUACACAUUCCUAUGACUUAAAGCAAGCCAACACCCUUAACUUUGAAGAAAAGGUUUGUUCUUUAGAAAAAACACUCAACAACUAGAAUAAAAGAAAGCUAACUUUAAUUGGCAAAAUCAAUAUUGUCAAGACAUUAGGUUUGUCGAAACUCAUUUAUUGCAGUUCCUUACUGACCAUAUCUAAAUCCCUCAUAGACAGAAUUAAUAAGAUUAUUUUCAGCUUCAUUUGGGAGGGUAAGCCUCCCAAAAUUAAGAAAAAGACUAUCAUUGGUGAAAAACACUGCGGGGGCCUAAAAAUGAUUGACUUUGAAAUCAUGGAGAGGUCGCUAAAGAUUGCUUGAAUAAAGCGUAUCGCUGAAUCAAGUAAUGCAUCGUGGAAAAUAAUCCCAAAUCAAGCUCUUAACCAAUAUGGAGGUCUAGAGUUCCUCAUCGAAUGCGACUACAAUCCUAAGCUACUCAACUUAAAGAACCUUCCGGAGUUUUACCACACCAUUUUAAAUUACUGGCAUGACUUCAGAAGACUAACCUGUGACAAGCAAAUUUCCACUAAAAAACAAAUAAUUUGGAACAACCGUAACAUAUGACCAAUUUAUAUUAAACCCUGGUGUAUAACUGGAAUUUGUUGCAUCGAAGACCUUUUACUUUAUCAGAAAUGAAAGAGAAAUAGAACUUUCAAUUUCCUUUUACCACUUAUUACGGCCUUUGAAGACCUAUACUAACUGAAUGGAAAAGUGCACUUCGAGUCAAAGCAGGCGUGCAUGAUGAAUCUGAAAACUGCGAAACAUCCUUGAAGCUUUUUUCCACAAAAGAAGCCUAUUCUUCCAUACUUCACAAAAGCUUCUCAGCACCCACUGCUGAAGGCAGAAUUUUAGAUCAUGGGUUCACCAAUUCCAAAGAGGAAAUUCCUUACAUCUACAUGCUCCCAUUCAAAAUCUUGAAAGAACCAAAACUGAUCAUGUUCCAAGUCAAAGUUGUUCACAGUAUUUUACCUACCUUUAUUUUACCUUCCGUGCGCGCAUAACUGAUACUGAUGUUUGUCCUUUAUGCAACCUUAAAAGUCAAUCUCUAAAACAUAUGUUAAUUACCUGUAGUGUAUCCUCUUCGUUUUGGACUUGUUUUUCUAACUGGUGGCACGAAAAAUUUAAUCAAAAACUGACUUUAUCUGAAAGCACUAUUUUAUAUGGUUGGUGCAAAGAGUCAAAUAACUGGGAAGUGCUUAAUCACUGUUUGAUUGUCGCCAAAUAUAAUGUUUUUGCUACAAGGGUAUGCAACGGCGUCCUGGACUUUGACAGUUUUCUACUGCGUCUCAACAACAAAAUUGAUAUUCUUUGCACCGUAGCUUUUAGAUCUAACCGCUUAUCACAAUUCAAAAAAACAUGGGCCAAACUUCUUUAGAUAUGUGAAUGCUAGUGUCAUUUCCAUAAUACUUAUUCCUUUAAGCUACACUUUACUGCUUUACUGUUUCACUUUUUAGGUUUGCGUCUUUUUCCUUUUAAUUUAGUUCAAUCUUCUUUUACAAAUUUAGUUUUUUUCUUAUUUCUAUAUAUAUAUAUAUAUAUAUAUUAGUUAAAAGAACAAGUAUUUGUAAUUAUUUUUUUUGUCAAUAAAUAAUUAUUACUGCGACUACAAUCCGAAGCUACUCAACUUAAAGAACCUUCCGGAGUUUUACCACACCAUUUUAAAUUACUGGCAUGACUUCAGAAGACUAACCUGUGACAAGCAAAUUUCCACUAAAAAACAAAUAAUUUGGAACAACCGUAACAUAUGUAUUGAUGGAAAACCAAUUUAUAUUAAACCCUGGUGUAUAACUGGAAUUUGUUGCAUCGAAGACCUUUUAAAUGUUAACCUUAAAUUUCUUACUUUAUCAGAAAUGAAAGAGAAAUCGAACUUUCAAUUUCCUUUUACCACUUAUUACGGCCUUUGAAGACCUAUACUAACUGAAUGGAAAAGUGCACUUCGAGUCAAAGCAGGCGUGCAUGAUGAAUCUGAAAACUGCGAAACAUCCUUGAAGCUUUUUUCCACAAAAGAAGCCUAUUCUUCCAUACUUCACAAAAGCUUCUCAGCACCCACUGCUGAAGGCAGAAUUUUAGAUCAUGGGUUCACCAAUUCCAAAGAGGAAAUUCCUUACAUCUACAUGCUCCCAUUCAAAAUCUUGAAAGAACCAAAACUGAUCAUGUUCCAAGUCAAAGUUGUUCACAGUAUUUUACCUACCUUUAUUUUACCUUCCGUGCGCGCAUAACUGAUACUGAUGUUUGUCCUUUAUGCAACCUUAAAAGUCAAUCUCUAAAACAUAUGUUAAUUACCUGUAGUGUAUCCUCUUCGUUUUGGACUUGUUUUUCUAACUGGUGGCACGAAAAAUUUAAUCAAAAACUGACUUUAUCUGAAAGCACUAUUUUAUAUGGUUGGUGCAAAGAGUCAAAUAACUGGGAAGUGCUUAAUCACUGUUUGAUUGUCGCCAAAUAUAAUGUUUUUGCUACAAGGGUAUGCAACAGCGUCCUGGACUUUGACAGUUUUCUACUGCGUCUCAACAACAAAAUUGAUAUUCUUGGCACCGUAGCUUUUAGAUCUAACCGCUUAUCACAAUUCAAAAAAACAUGGGCCAAACUUCUUUAGAUAUGUGAAUGCUAGUGUCAUUUCCAUAAUACUUAUUCCUUUAAGCUACACUUUACUGCUUUACUGUUUCACUUUUUAGGUUUGCGUCUUUUUCCUUUUAAUUUAGUUCAAUCUUCUUUUACAAAUUUAGUUUUUUUCUUAUUUCUAUAUAUAUAUAUAUAUAUUAGUUAAAAGAACAAGUAUUUGUAAUUAUUUUUUUUGUCAAUAAAUAAUUAUUAAAAAAGAAAAAAAGAACAUUUUACUUGUUUCGCAAGGAAGAAAAAGGCAAACUAUUGGUCAAAAACAUAGCAAGAACAGCAACAAGACAUCUUGUUGGACAACAUGUGCUAUUUGGAGGAUAUUUGCAGUACUGAACAACUCUUUAUCUCCUAAACUUGCGUUCUUAACAUCGUAGCCUGCACAGCAGGUGCUUGGAGGUGACAGGUGCAAGAAAGAACAGGGCGUGCGAGAGAGACACACGAGGGGAGAGGGAGCACCUGCCCAAGAGGCCCAUGAAAAUCAUUUUUCUUGCUUUCUGCGAGUGCUGAAAGUUCUUAUUGGUUAAGAGGCUCCUGAGGGAAGUUACUGUACAGUGGAACCCGGUUAGUACGGACACCAAGGGGACAUGCCAUAGUGUCCGUAUUAUCCGCGUGUCCGUAUUAAGCGGGCUGUCAAAGAAAACGUCAGGAAAACAUGUUUUAUCGAUAUAAAGACCCUAGCAGACAGUUUUACGAGAAAACAUUUUAUUUCUUAACUGUAACAGUAACAAGUUCAUCCUAAAGAAACCUCACGAUCAUUUAUCAUAGUCUCAGAGUACAGCUGCAGAUUAAAAUCUUUUAAGUAUUGAAACAGGCACAACAGUGGAUUCAUUUGAAAAAGUCUGUGACUUUACUUUAAGAACAAUGACUGCAACAAAAAGCCAAGGAAGUGAAACGUGUGUAACAGGAGGCAGAAAACUUUAUUGAAGGACUAUACGUAGUACAAGAGUCAAACACCGGAAGAAAGACAGACUGUUCAAAAUCAAAUAUCUCACGCUACUUCGUUACAGUUUUUUUAGUACUGUAAUAAAAUUUUUAAUAUUCACCCGUAAAAAUCUGUCAUUAUUUGAACAGGGUACAAUGUCUACAAUUAUCACAUAAUUGUGACGGUGAAAAUAGAGUGUGCAGAUCACCAAUGUCCAUAAAGCAGGGCUGACAAUAUAUGAGAGUUUGUGACUCGGGACACAGAAUGUCCGUAUUAAGCGGCUUUCUGUAGAGCUGGGUUCCACUGUAUUUCCUCGAAUAAUAGCCGGAGCGAUUAUUCCUUUCUCACAUCAAAGGGGGGUGAUUAUUUUAGUUAAGGCGCUGAUUCGAGGGAGGCAGUUAUUUCAAAUAUUACUCACUGGAAUUCGUGAGCUAAAUAUUUUUUUUCAUUAUCCUGUUAAAUCAAAAAGUUAUCACAACAAAUAUGGGCUUUUUAAUUGUUCCAAAUUUAGUUCCUUGAUUAUUUUUGAGAGCUUGAAUAGUCAUUGAUCAGUUUUGCUGGACUACGUGACAGGGACGGGAUUAAAGAAAGAGAAGAAGGCGAGAGGGGUGGGGGGGGCGAUUAUUCAAGGGAGGCGAUUAUUUUAAUUUUAUUAUACAUUCAACUCACUUUCUCUUUUCUGAUUGGCCGAAAGCGUACAGUGAAUUGUCAGUGAAGAAGCAAAAACAUCAGGGUUCUCAAUAGAUUUUUAAGUAGGAGGUGAUCACUGAUAAAGUAGGAGGCUCUUCAGCAAAGCCAGAGGUGUCAAAACAAAGCAAAGAAAAGCGACUUAAACACAAAGUAAGCGGCUAUAAAUCUGAAAGUAAGCGGCGAUCAAUCGCCGGGUGCCGCCUUCUAUUGAGAACCCUGAAACAUGACUUCCAGGUUUGCUUCGUUGACUGAGAAAGACAUCGAAAAAGUGGUUGAAGACAUUAAAAGGACUCACAAACACAAAAAGGCCGACAAAGGUGGCAAAGAAGCAGUUUGCUGAUUACAUGAAAGAGAAAAAAAUGAGAGAACCUGAGGGAAAAAGAGAGUUGGCACAAACUUUGAAAACAUACAUUUUAUGUCGAAGCAAGAAAGAAAGGAUUCGUUCAAUGUAUAAGAAAACAAUUAUUAGAUUCGGUUUUUGUGAUAUCCAGAAUAAUCAAGGUCUCGGUAAGGGUUAUUAGCCUCAGCCGAAGGCUGAGGCUGAUAACCCCUGAUAACCCCCUGAUAACCUCGACUUUGAUUAUUGUGGAUAUUGCAAAAACCUCAUCCAAUAAUUGUUUAAUAUUUCCAUCAAAGGGGGGCGAUUAUUCAAGGGAGGCGACUAAUUCAGGGACGGCUAUUAUUCGAGGAAGUACGGUAUGUUGUGUUUACAUUAGGCGAGAAAAAUGUCAAUCAAAGAAAACACAAGAUCAUUUGUAAACAUGCAGUACAAUAAAAGGCAGUGAAUGUCUUGUUACAUCACUAAAUGGUAUGAUUGAAGAUCAGAGCUUGGAGGUUACUAAUUCAAUGGGACUAAGUGGCUGCAGCUCAAAGAAAAGAUGGAAUGAUCAAAUGGUAUUCACAAAGAAACGAUUUGACAUCAAAUACCCGUUAACGGAAGCGAUGACAGACAAGAGAUUUGUCAAAUCGUUGAAGUGAUGAUGAGAGGAAAUAUUCUUUGUUUAAAAAGAACUUAGCGGCUUGCAUUGUCGAUGGAACGCAUACCAUCAUGGACAGGAUUGAUGAAAUGAAACACUUACUAGAGGCAUAAAUUUCAAAAAACUUUUCACUAUUGAUAUUAUUCACUCAAAUUGUGACCUGAUGACUGAUGUUGAUGUCUUGUCUCUGUAGCCUUUAAAAAGGUUUUGGUACAGUUUGCAUCCUGAACUUUAGGUCCGUUUAGUAAGACAUGUCUGCUCAUAAAAUGCUGCCAAUUUGUACAAAUGCAAUGAUCAUUUUUCACAUACUCUGUGAUCUUUGGUGUCUACAGGUACAGUUGUGAUAUCACAAUCUCAGAGAGCAAAAGCCUUUUACAAUACACAGUAUGCAUUCUUUUAACAUAUCCAGUUUUUACUCUGUUUUUUUGUACUUGUCGUGCCUUUGGUUAAAAACAAUUUAAUGCUGUGUGUUUGCCAUCAGUUUAUUGCUCCAUCACUUUAUAAUCAGAUCAUGUAGCUGAUCUUUAUAACAGGUAGUUAGAGUGAGGAUGUAAAAAUACAACACACUUUGACAUGCUUUGUUUGUGCAAGGUCAAUCUGGAUAAUUUUCUUUCAAAAUAAUUUUUGACAGAUCACUCAGCAGUCGCUAGAUAAUUGGACUAGGGGCAGGAAUCAAUUUUCACGGGCCUCUUGGGAAGGCACUCCCUCUGUCCUUGCAUUUUUUCCCUCUCAUUCUUUCUUGCACCCAUUUCUUCCAAGCACCUGCCAUGCAGGCUAUUAACAUUGAUGGAGGUAAGCAUGUAUUAGCUUGUAUUCAAACUGGGGAUUAUUUUGAAUGAAUAAUAAACAAUUAUUAGUCUCCCUAGCGUAAGCAGCGAGACUCAUAAUCAGCGACACAUUUUUGAUCAUAUUUAGGACACAAAAGGGGGGUCAUUGUGCCAGGGGUUCGUUGCAGAGACUGUGGAAACUGGGAUUAAGAAUCGUUGCACGAUUGAAGCCACCCAUGUUUUGCAAAGAAAGCUUAGGAAAGAUUGUUGGUCCUUGAAUUCUAUUGCUUCAAAACUUUGAUUACUUUGGAACAAGUGAACACUACUGAGUGGUUGAAAAAAAAAGGAUCUUAAUUAGCAAAACUACUAUGGUCGGGUGUUAUAGACUUUGAAAUGACCACAGGCAUCCCAAGCUCACGUUAUGAGUGUGUUAUUGAAAUUAACUUUCUCACAAGAGAGUCGGUGUUGUGUUACAAGCAACCAUUGAGACUUUGUAUGAGAAAUCGCUUGUAACGCAACACCAACUCUCUUGUGAGAAAGUUAAUUUACAUAACAAACUCGUAACAUGAGCUUGAGAUGCCUGGAAAAUGAUGUGCCAUGUAAAUCAAUUUUUGAUCUCUGGCAGUGAUGUAAUUUCUCAGGAAUCAAGGCCUUUGAAUAUUCGUAUAUUUAUACACUAUAUAUAGCCUGCAACUGCAGACGUAUUUCCGGUCAUCGCUUAUAACACGCAUACUAAAUCAAUUCAUAAACAAGUGUAAAGUAUUGACGUCGAUAAAGUAGGAAGUAAAAGACCUUUAGGGAGUAAACCCUGUUUCGUGUAGAAUUAAUCACCUCAUUUUCCGAUCUAAUGUUCAAGCAAGCGAGACUGACAGCUGCUGUAAGGGCGUUCUUGUCAGAUGAAAAAUAAAAUUAAUGAGAUUUCAGAGGGUGUCAUCUGACAAGGCCUAUUGACACCCUCUCAAUCUCCAUAAUUCUUCAGAUGAUACCUAGCCUCAUCCAAUAAUUGUUAAUUAAGUGUUGCACCUUCUAGUGGUUUGAAUAAUUUAAUAAGAGCCACAUCCAAAAAAUUAAGCCAAAGAGGUGUCUCUGUGGCAACUUUCGUGAUGGAUUGUCCUCUUGUAGUUCAGGGUGUGGUUGUUCAAUUGGUGGAUAGUGCUAUCCGUUGGACAAAUCCAAGAAAGAAUAAUAUGGGACAGAGAGGGAAUCUCAGGAGGUUGGCUGCGAUAUGUAAACUUCACUAGAGAUGUUUUUAGAGGCUCCGUCCACAUGUAAUUUAACAAAAGUGUAAUUCCUGGGACGUCUGCACAUCUCAAUUGAUUGUUUGAAAUAUCAUCAAGUCCAUGCGCAACUGCUCCAAAGCAAACAAAUUAUGCAGAAUAUUGUACUAUUGAAUUCUCUCUUGACAACACUAAAUAAACCUUUGGGGACUUUUCGGAAAACCAACUUUUGAUUAAUUUCAAGUGAUUAAUUGGUCUAAAAAUAAUGUUGGUGUAAUUCACAUAUCCCAAUGGCUCAGUAGACUGGGUGUUUCCCUCUCUAUCCCAUUAUUCUCUCUUCAUAAAUCAAUAAUCCAGCCAAAAAGUUUUAAGGAAAGCGAUUGUGUUAUCUGUCUACUAUUUAACAAUUAUUCCUCGAACCUCUUGGCUACUAGUGGGCUAUAACAUAUAGCCUAGUAGUAGCUCAACCAAUCAGAAUGCAGCAUUGAUAAUAGACCACUAGUUGGAUUUUACUAAAGAGGUUUAUCUGGUGGAUAUUGUUAUAUCCACCUUAUAAUUGUUACAGGUCAAAUUUGAUUUCAGGUUAAUUUUGAUUUAACUAAGAAGGUUGAUUCUCAAUUUUCAAUGUCUCUCAGGCCUAGAAAUCAAAGGAAAUUAGGAAUCAAUCUACUAUAGGUUAAAAUUUUUUAACCUGAACUCAAAUGUGACCUGUAACAUAAACAUCGGAUCAGGUGACCACAGGGGGCCCAAGCACUGUACAGUACAUAGUAGCUUAUCAACUCCACUACAAUGAGAUCAAAUUGUAUGCCUUUCUUUGUCAUUUCAGAAGGGAUUUGUAUCAGACCAAAGACAGCUUCUCUGUUCAAUUUCAAACUACAAUAAUAAAUCAUUAUUUUCCAAUGUCUACGUGUAAGCUACGUUUAAGUUGUGAGGCUGCCAUCACGGGAAAAUGGAAGGAAUAGUGGACAAAAAUUAUUUUUGUGGUUUAAUUUUAUCUUUGUUUUAAAUUUUUAGGUCGCCUGUUUUUGAUAUGCUAAUCAGAUUGAAACAAAAUAAAAUUAUUUUAAGACGACUCACCAAACUGAACUUUUUGGGGGGGAUACCCAGAUUUUGUGUCUACAAGUGAGGGACCUCAUUAAACCAUGACAAAAAUACUAACCCCUAGUUCAUGGGCUGCCCUGAUGGACUACCCAUAUGUUCUACCUUUUGAAUCACUUUACAGAAAGUUACUUCAUGUACCUACCAUGAUAGUCAAUUCAAAAGGUAGAUCAUAUGGGAAGUCCAUAUUGGGGUAGUCAUGGAGGCGUAUGUGGCCAAGUGGUUAACACCUCAAACUCAGGAUCUGGAGGUCUGGGGUUCAAGCCUUGCCCGUCGCAUUGUUUCCUUAGACAGGGAACUUUACUCCACUUUGUCCCUCUUCACCCAGGGGUUUAAAGUCUCAGGUAAUUGAAAGUGAUCAGAAAAUAACAGCGUGGGAUGUGUAACAAAAUUCUGUUGAAGACUUUUGCUGUUAAACAAAACAAAACUUAACAAAAGAAAUUCUUACUGAGUUGCAAGAAUAAUAUUCUUGGAGGUGCGACAGGCUAAAGCCUGAAUAAGUUUUAACCAACAAAAAAUUUUAAUAUUUUCUUGAGUUAUUAAAACAGAUAACAAAAGUCUUAUCCUUUCUUUAUAGGGACCCAUCCAAGCCUGCUAUUGAUGAAGCAGGAUUUUUGUCUUUGAUGUUCAUGAGUUGGGCAACUCCAGCGAUAACUAAAAGCUUCAAGAGAACAUUACAAUUGGAUGAUUUUGAUAAACUUUCUCCUUAUGAGUCAGCUGAAGUGAAUUUCAGUCGAGGAACUCGGCUUUGGAAUGAGCAAGUCAGCAAACUAGGGCUUCAUCAAGCAAACAUGUCAAUGGUGCUUUGGAGAGCUAUCAGGACUAGAAUCUUUUUUGCCAUUCUCUUCUUUAUUUUGUCUCAACUGAUCAGCUUUUUGGGGCCUGUAAGUACAUGUAUUUAUUAAUGUAACUUGAACUACUAGACCUAACAAAGUAAGAGUGUACUUGUCAUGUACAGUGGAAACUCGUAUGAUUAUUUUAUUUAUCAAUGUUUUCUCCCCAUGCAUACACAGAUUUACAGUAAUACAAUUAUUGCAUUAUUGUAUUAUCAUAAUUAUUAUUGUCAAUAUUUUCUGUUAAGCUGGAUUGAGCUCUCAACAAAACAUUGUGGGCUUAACUAAGAGAGCUCAAAUAAUAAUUAGAAUUAGAAGGGUUAAGGGACUUGCAAGAUAUGUUUACUUAAGCCAGAUUUCGUUUUACCGAAGUCGUACUCCUCAAAAAGCAGAUGACAUCCAUCAGGCAAUUUUUGUGUGUGUAUUCUUGCAUUCCUUGUGCUCAUUCUUUGCUAUUAAUUUUCAUCUUUGCAUUGCUGUGAACCUUUUAAUCAUUUCCUUGACUUCUGCAUUCAUGCAUGAGGUCAAUGAUUGUAUCAGUGAUCCAUCUAACCACAAGUCCAGGGUCUCAGAUGCAUAAAAUGUCCAAGAAGAAAUCACAUAGAUGAGUUCCAGAUGUGUCCUUUUGGACACAACUGAACCAUCUACCGGUGGGUCUUAUCUGCAGGUCACAGGUCACCCAGGUUGCAGGUUUUGAUGAUUCCAUUUUAUUUUUCUGGUGAGCUUGUCCCUUAGCUUCUUGUUACAGAGGAGUCUUGGUGUCAAUCCCUCCAGCUGGAUACAAGGUAGGUGCAUGCUGAGGUUAGUCUGCUUCACAGCAGUUCUUCCACAUGUCAUCAUGCAACGCUUCUUCCGAGUUUCGGGACAUCUCUCAUUGAUAAUUUAUGAGAUUGCUUUUGUUUGUAUGAGCACCCCUGAGAGUUGCAACCUGCGACCUGUGACCUGAUGUAUGAAAAUGUCUGGAAAGAUGCAUCAAUGAGUGGUGAGCUUGUGUCCCAUUCUGGACACAAACAUUUGUUUCAGGCCCAGAGCUACCAUGUCUCAAAUGGCUUUUCCUUCAUAAUAAAAUAAAAAAGGUAAAUACAGUUGCAUUCUUUGAAUGUAGCAUGCAUAUGUCUCAGACUACUGUAUUUUUGGACAAUGGUUACAUUCAAAAAAUAAGAUGUCCUUGACUUGUUUUCAUAUUCAUGUCUCACAUGGUCCUGGAUUGUCUGUCGGUGCGGCAUGCCUCAGAAAACGAUACUCAAACCCCUUUAGCUUUAUCCAUCCAGCUAUCUCAGCGAUAUUAAGAAAUGUAAGAAAUGAAUUCCUUUUUCAAUUAUUAGGUGAAGGUUGUUUAAACUUUGAACUUAAAAUACUGAUCUUCUAUCUGUAUUUUCAUUACUUGCAAAAUGAUUAUAGGCAAUCUUUGUACGACGUAUUCUGGAGUACGUAGAGGAAAAGGAUUCAUUAUCACAAAUAGAAGGAAUUGGUUGGGUAGGUUUUUGGUGUUAAAUACUAUCUGCCAGCUGCCAGCUACGUCCUUAUUAGUCUGAAAUGUCAUCCGUCUCUUUGCCCCACUCCCUCAACAGUUGGUAAGGACGGGGACAUUGGAAAGUGCCCAAUAUCGCAAUACCGUAAGAAAAAGUGGCAAAUACUGAAGUACCCUGUUGAAAAUCAAUGAAAUAGCGAUACCACAUUUAAUGAUCGGUCUCGCUUAGUUAAAGUUAUACGUCGAGCGAUACAUGUAGUCGACCAACAGAUCGGCCGAUAGUGCAGUGUUGGUUGGCAUGUUGACCAAUACUCGGCCGACAUAUUGAUCGAUAGGCUAGCGACAUUCGGCUGAUACUUCACUGAUAGUUAGUCGAUGGUAUACUAUUUGUCUACUCAAAUUUUUGCAGUAACGUUGCCCAUGCAGCAAUUUUUAAGGGGCUUUGGCGACUUUUACCAGUCUACAUGUAAUAAGAGACUAUAACACUGAAACCCACCUCCCCCAUUAGAUUAUAUGACAGUUGACUAAUGUGCCACCAAUAGUCGACCAAUAUUCUACCGACAGUGGACCGAUAUUUUGCUGACAAUUGCAUGACACUCCCCUUAUCCGAGUGUCGACGGGCACAUUAGAGAUUAGAUCCGAGUUUACCGCGAACUUCUAACCGCUGAAGGUCACGUGACAAGUCUUUCUCGUCACGUUUGAGGUUUACGACGUGCGAUUUCAACGUGGGGAAGUAGGUUUUCACGUAGGUCAUUUACCUGAAAGCUUUUAGCCUAUAAUUCUUGUUUUAUCUCACGUUAUGACACAAAAAUCUUGUGGAGCAAGUCUUUAUCCAUUAACAGAGGCACACAUUCGGGGGAAAUGCUAAAUUUGAUAAAUCCUAUAGGAUCUUGAAAACGAGUGCCAUUCAUGGCUGCUGAUUCAAAAUGGUGGCCGUACAUUUGCAAGAAGAACUAAUGUAAGAAUUUACAGCUCUUUGCUGCUAGAUAACCAAGUGUUAUUGUAAAUUUCUUUCAUUUUCACUGAUUGAUAUUUCUUCUAUUUCUAAAUGGAAAAAUAAACCGGAAUCCACUUCUUUAAACCACCGCCAAUCUAAAUCGAAUUAUGUUUGAACUUCGAACCGCAAACGGGUAACCGCAAACCGCGGUUAGAGGUUCGCGGUAAACUCGGAUCUAAAACUCUCUAUUGACCAUGUAUCGACCGACAUGUCAGUGUACGUCUUGGCCGACUUGCGGUCGAGUGUCGACCGAAAUGUCAACAGAUAUGUCGGCCAAUACACCGGCUGUGCUUUUCAGUCUUGCGGCAAGCGUUUUUUGCGUUAUGUGCUGUUAAACCGGAGCAAAGUGGCACUACCAGUACAGUUGCAUAGCCUGUUUUAGUUCAACUAAAAUUAAUGACCAGAGGAGGAAGACCAAAGACUCACUCAUCUUAACGAAAACAAAACGGACUGUGUCAGUGCGUAAACAAUGAUCUUGACUGACUUGGACGACUCUCCAUAGUUUAAGGACCCUUUAAGCUACAUUUCAGAUCUUAAGAUCACUGUCUGUAAGAAAAUUCCAUAUCCUGGAAACAAAACAAAAUGAGCUAGCAUCAAAACAUAGCAGGGAAUCCUCAUAUUUAUGGACAAAAACUACAGGCAUCGAACUAUAUCAGAAAUCCAUAAGGGGUUGAAACGUGUAACUCGCAUAUGUUUGCUUUGAUUAUUCAUUUUCGAAAGCACCAUAUUUGGAACGAGAAGAAGAGAUAACUGACCAAUCAAACUUCGUAAACAACGUGAUGUAAUUUUACUUCAGGUUCCCGCAUCCACUUAGAAAAUUGUCGGACAAAUGGGGGAAAAACUCCCGAAAGCCAAGAAAGCUUUCAAAGGUUGAAACCAGGAAUCUUACCGAAACACACUAAGCAGGAUAUUAUUGUCUUUCCACCCGGGCCAAACGUAACAUUAUGAAACCCAUUGACGUCGUCGCAACUUCUUGAAGUUGUCACUUCAAAAAAGGAUGCCCCGUUGACCCUCUGCACAGUAAACUUAUACUGCAAAUAGGCUUUUAAAAUUCUUAUGUUAAAAGACUAGAAUAAACAGUAAAACAUAUUAUCAAAUAAAAUUCAUUAGCUGCGUAUCAAAAAGUGUCCAAAACGUGAACUUGACAUCUUCGCAAAAAGUGAUGCAUGUAAUGAAUGUGAGGAGCAUUUAAGCUUAAAUUCAGCUUGGAUGUGGUAGUCACGAGUCACGAUCGUGUUUUGAGCUAAUUUUAUGAAUGAACAAACUCAAAGCAAUAGACAGAGAAGCCGUUUCUUGAAAAGUUUUAUUCACAAUCCAAAAAGUUAAUCCUUUAAAGCAAUUCUGAAAACACUAUCUAGAUCGUGGAUACGUUCACGCAAGUGAAAUCGGCUGUGCACAUGGCAAAAUUCAACACAAAAUCCAUCUCAAAUCGGGGCACAUUUUGUAAUUUUUCUUUAGCGCCGAAGAGAAAAAUUUAUAAAACGUCUAUGAAACUGUAAUGUUUAGUCACUAACACAACACGCACACAAGCGCCAUGUUUUAAGACUCGGCAUUUAGUAAUAACUCAGUGAUUUUACAUGACCACGUGAAACGCAAAUGUAUGCCAAAUUAUCCUAAUUAACAUAAUCAUGACAUCUCCCCUUCAAAGGAGAAAAGACAAACUUCUCUUCCAAGUGACAACGUUUGUGGAAACUCCCUGUACUUAAGAUUAACUGUUCUGAGUAUGAAUGCUGUCACUAAAGUCUUAUGUAUAGAAAAGCUCAACUGGAACUAGUUCAUAAUCAAACAAACAUCCCUUCUGUACAAGUGUAAGGGGUAAAACGUAUAGCUAAUAAAGUCAAAAAAGACUCUACUGUCUGGUUCUUGUCUACACAUAGUUCAGUUCAUGAUAUAAUCCUGUCAAAAUCUUGCUGGUAAUCUGACAGUCCGGCCACUGGAAGUACGCUCUGUGUCUGCAAAUCACUUCUGCCGUUGGUUAGACCUAGAGCAGGUAACUCAGCAUUGCUAGCAGCAAAUGGGGGUGUAAUAUUAACUGUGGGUGAAGGCAGCAACAGGUGCAACUGGGUCAUCAUAGGCUGGACCUGUGAUCACCGGCGGGGCCCCAUUUGGUGACUGCAGGUGACGACGGUUUCGUCGAUAGGCAGUGCCAUCAGGUGUUGUGACUAUGAAGGAUCUAGGCGCUGUAUGUUUUUCAGAUACAAUGGCUGGCUCCCAAGUCUUUCUUUUCCUACUUCGAACUGUGUCAUCUUCCUUGAUCUGAGGCAACGGUUUCGUGUUACAAUCAUAGUACAUCUUCUGCCUUUCACUCCGUUCUUUCAUCUUCUCUUGUGCUUUCUCAAGGACUCUCGGUUUGAGAAGGGACGCAGACGUAGGCAAUUUAGAUUUCAGCACUCUGCUCAUUAACAGCUGUGCGGGUGAUUCCUUUAGUCUAGAAAUAGCAGUGUUUCUGUAUUCAAGUAGAACUAUGUAGGGGUCAUUUCCAUGUUCAAACGCUUUCCUGAACAAGUUCUUAAUGGUUUGAAUUGCCCUUUCACUCAUCCCAUUACACUGUGGGUACUAAAACUCGAGGUACAGACAGCAAAACCCCAAUCCCUUGCAAACUGACGAAAACUUUUGCUUGAGAAGGGCAUGUUAUCAGCAACAACCUGAUCAGGAAUCCCAUGACGGGCAAACAUGGAUUUCAUGCUAGUUAUAACAGAACCAGCAGUCUUGUCUUUUAAAAGACAAAGUUCAGGAUACUUAGAGUAAUAGUCAAAGACAAUCAAAUAGGAGUUAGAGUUCAGUUCAAAUAUGUCUGCACCAAGUUUGAGGCACUUCCUGAGGUAGUAAGGGCUCCUUCUGAUUUUCUCUUUGGUGCCUGAGACAUAUUGAGCACUUGGCAACCAUUCUUUCAAUUGCUGCAGACAUUCCAGUCUAAUAUACUACAGCUCUGGCUCUUGACUUGCAUUUCUCGAUACCCAGGUGACUCUCAUGAAUGCAAUUCAACACAUCUUGUCUCAUCCCUUGUGGAAUAGUAAGCUUCUCGUCUAGGAACAAUAAACCUUAAACUUCAUGAACUUCACCACGCAAUGCCAGUAGUGAGUAAUUAGCGACGGUACUUUACUUCUGUGAGAGGGCCAACCACUCUUGACAACUUUGAGUAACUCCUGAAGGGUUUCAUGUUGAGCUGUUUCAGAUUUCAUUUGUGUGAGCUUCUUUACUGUCAGUGGACGAUUUGUAAGAAGGCUGUGGACCACUACUUCCAUGUCAUCAUUCAGUUCACUAUCCGCAGACUUCCUAUUUAACGAAGCUCUAGAGAGAGUGUCUGCUACAUACAUGUACUUGCCAGGCACAUAAGUAAUGCUGAUGUCAUACUUCUGGAGUCUUCAAAGUAGACGCUGAAGCCUUGGAGGGGAUUUAACCAAUGGCUUCUUUGUGAUUGGAACAAGUGGUUUGUGGUCUCAGUCCACUUCAACUGGUCUGCCAUACACAUAGUGAUUGAAUCUCUCGCACCCAAAGACAACUGCGAGAAGUUCCUUCUCGGUCUGAGAGUUAUUUUCUUCAGGUGGUGUAAGGGACCUUGAUGCGUAAGCUAUCGGGUGUUCAUCCUGGAGGAUACAUGCUCCCAGACCUGACUUAGAGGCAUCCACUUGCAGCUUGACUGGCUUGGUAGGAUGAAAGAAUUUUAGAACAGGCUGGCUAGACAGGAUUCCUUUGAGAUGUUCCACUGACUGUGGGUGCUCGUGCGACCAGGUCCAUGCUGCUUCUUUCUUUAUGAGUUGUCGCAAUGGUGCAGUAAUUUCCGACUGUUUGGGAAUAAACUGGGAGAAGUAGUUGACCAUUCCUAAGAAUCUCUGCAACAUCUUCUUUGCUCUGAGGCGAGGGCAUCUGAAUUAUGGCGCGCACUUUCUUACCAUCUAGUUUCAGCCCUGAUUCAGACACAAUGUUUCCCAUGUGCUUGACUUCACUGACUUUGUACUGAAGCUUAGCUGUAUUGAACUUGACGUUUGCCUCACGGGCCCUUUGCAACAGCUUGACCAUGAUUUGGUCAUGUUCUUGCUCAUGUGCACCAGCAAAAAUGAUGUCAUCGAAGAUGACGUCCACACCGUCAAUGUCUCCAAAUAUGGAUUCAUUCUUCUUCUGAAAGACCUCUGGGGCGGACUUCAUGCCGAAGGGCAUUCAUUUAAAGCGAUAACGGCCAUAAGGCGUACUGGACGUGCAGAGGUAAGAGCUUUCAUCAUCUAGGGGCACCUGCCAGAAGCCAUCCUUUUCAUCAACAAUAGAGGAGACCCUUUUGCCACUCAGGUGACUUGCUAUGUCUUCUGCUGUUGGGAUGCUGUGAUGCUCAUGACGAAUUGCCUUGUUAAGAUCUCGUGGAUCCAAGCAUAAUCGCAACGAUCCGUCACGUUUCUUUACAAUGACCAGACUGUUAACCCAUGGAGUGGGUAUGUCCACUUUCUGGAUAACAUCUUUCUCCUCUAGCUCUUGAAGUUUCAAUUUUAGUUUCUCCAGCAGGCUAUAUGACACUCUGCGAGGUGGAUGAAUUACAGGCUCGACUUUGUCAUCCAAUUCAAUGUGAUACUCGCCUCCCAUGCGCCCCACCCCAGAGAACACAUCGGAGAACUCCUUUAUAAUUUCAGACUUAGUGAGCGGAGACUGGGCAAGAGUUUCAACCCUUCUGUCGAGAUUUAAGGUGACUCGACCGAGUUAUUUUGUGGGGGUACCAUCCUACUUUAAAGCUCUCUGGUAUCCCCACCUUUACUUUGAUCGUGAGUCUAUCAUAUAGCAUGGAUAACGUAUAGAUCAAUCUACAAUAUAGCAUAAAAUUUUUGGCAAUCGGAGUAAAUGUCACGUAGUUUAAGUGCCAUGCCUCUUUUGUGUCUGAAUCGAAAUUCUGCUGUUGCCGGCAUUUUUUCGUGAAAAUCUCUCAGAUGGGUCCUUGCAAGUCAGCAAAUAGCUUUAGGGCCUUGUAAAUGUGCGCAAUUUCGAGUAAUGCAAACAUAUAGAAAUUAUAGUUUUAGCUAUUUAUUGACAUUUGUCAGCGUUUAAGAGUCCUUCUCACGAAAAAAACGUUUUCUUAAAAAUCCAUAGUUUUUUCCCUUCCAAUUUUUUCAGGGCCACAAUUGAUUAACUAACUACCCGGAUUCUGAAUUUCAUGGUUGUUGAAAACCUGUGACAUUAUCUUCCAUAAGCCCAAUCUUGAGUAAACAUGGAAGAUUUUUAGCGUUUUGGCUGAGUUUGUGCUUUGGGAGUUUUCUGUUGUUUCUAGUCUGCCAUGAUACAGCAUUCUUGUUCAGCACGCGUGCAAUGACCGCGCUUGCCUGACUUCCGAAUGCUCACCAAGAUAUGAUGAUUUUGGUACGGGGAGAAAGAAGAAGGGAUUCCCGUCACUUAACGUCCCUAGCCAGCUGAGUGUACAUCAUGCCGAGAAUUAAAAACUCUAAAAAAGAAAAUGCACGAGAAUUGAUUAAAAAUCAUGAGUUAAACCUCUAUGCCUAUCUCACUGUACCAUAAUUAUCAUAUCUCGGUGAGCAUUCGCAAGUUUGUUCCAUUCCUUGAAUCUUACAGCUUAAGUUCAGUUUUCCUUCAGGCUUCACCUUCACUCUCCAUACGAUGAAAGAACAACGCUUGUUUCUAGCAGCGGGGAUUUGUUCUUGAGUUUAGAGCAAACACUAAGUGGUAAUACGUUGGCUUCAGCUCCGGUAUCCAGUUUAAAUUUAACUGUUGUUCCACCAAUUAGCAAAUUGGAAAACCAAACUGAAUUUUCAGCACUUCGCGGGCCAGUCAAUGUCCCGAUAAAUAAUUCCUCUGACUCGACUUGUCCACCGCUUUUUCCAGUGUAAGAUCAGAUGAUUCACAAAGAAGACGCUCUUUCAGUCGAGUAUCACUUUGUAACAAAACUAACACAGCUAGCGUUCGAAUCACUUUACUAAACUAGCAUAACAGUUACACGAGUUGUAGGUCUCCUAAACUGCGCAUGUCCGACCCAACUCGGCCUCAGGCCCCAGGUUACACUACCCCCUCCAACAUAAGGUCCGAAGUACGAGAGAGAAUUUUCAACUUAAGCAUGCAAAUGUUCCUACAAAGUUCAAGGGCCAGGUUGGGUAAACAACAACUGUUCUAACAUAGUCUCGUAGCCAGACAGGCUCCCUUCGCUCACGUCUCGGCCUCGCAGCAUGACACGGUUCACGACGCGGUUCAUCACUCACUUGAGAAACCUCAGACUGACACGGCAGGUCAGCAGCUCGAGGGGAUGUAGUUAAUGUACCACUAGAUUCACCACUAGAUUCACGCUCAUGGAAGGGAUGAGAAAACUCUGUGACUGUAGCAACUGGAUUUGCCAGCCAUUCCAAUUCGACAUCUCCAGAGUCAACUAAGGUUCCUCGAGACGGUUGCUGCCUGUCCCUCAGGUUGUCCGCUUGUGGCGUAUCUUCCGCAUGGUUGGAAGAGGUUAACUGUGAGGGCUUCUCGUGGAUUUCAGGUGGCGAAAAGAAUGGCUUCAGAUAAUUGAAGUGGACCACCUUCCUCUGACGACGUUUUCCCGGCUUCCGCCUCUCCUCUUCAAUGCGAUAGGUAACAUCAGAUAGAGCUUCCACCACCUUCCAAGGACCACACCAGGGUUUGAGAAAUUUCUUCCUUCUCGUCCUGGUUCGGUUUCUAUACCAAACCCGGUCUCCUACACGGAACCGCUGACCAUGGUACUUGGUGUCAUAAUAAGCUUUCUAGGACCUUUGCGCUCGCUUGAGGUUCUCUCUCACUAUCUGCUCCGUCUCUUCCAAUUGCUGCUUCUGCUCAACAACAUAAUCAGGGUAUGUCCGUGCCGACCCUUGGGAAGGUGUUGUCUCAAGCCUAAGGAGAGCAUCCAAUGGCAGAAUAGCUUCCCUGCCGAACAUUAAGCGGUAAGGGGUAAAUCCCGUCGACUCAUGCACACUAGUGUUGUAAGCAAGAACUGCUUUCGGCACAAAGUCCGCCCAGUCCCGGCGAUGGUCAGAAAUCAGCUUACUAAGGAUCGUCACCAGAGAUUUGUUCAGUCUCUCUACCUGCCCAUCCCCUUGGGGAUGGUAGGGCGUUGUCCUUGUUUUCGCUGCGUCAAUUAAAUCGCACAGACCUUUGAAUACAGCUCCAUCCACAUUGGCUCCCUGAUCAGAAUGCAAACCCUCGAAACACCCGAAACGGCAUAUUCAUCCGUUACCUUCUUCGCCAGCGUGACUGCUGAGGUGUUUCUCACUGGGAAGGCUUGAUCGGAGACCACCAGCAACCACUCAUGGCCAAAGGUAGAUCUUGGUGUGGGACCUACGAUGUCUAUUGCAACCCUUUGUAGGGGGUGCCCUGCCUUAAUGUUUAUAAGGGAUGCCUUUGGAAGCUUGCAAGGGUCGUUGACUGCAGCACAUGGGACACACCUUCUCACGUGCAUUUCGACAUCUUCCCGCAUGCCUUGCCAAUAAAAUCUCCUCCGCACUUUUUCUAGAGUCUUCGAGACGCCAAGGUGGCCUGCUGAAGGAUUGUUGUGCAAGGCGCACAACACUUGUGACACGACGCUCUCGCGCAAGCAGAUUUGAUGAUAAAUCUCUUCGCCUGUCACUUCGUGUUCCCAACGUCUAAACACCAGACCGUCCCUGAGAAACAGCCUUCCCCAUUGUGACCAGUAUGACAAAAGUUUGCGCCCCCCUCCUUCCACAUCGCCUCUAGCGGGUCUGACACCAGUUUCAAGCCACCUCACAACUUGCGACAGAACAGGAUCUUGGUUUUGGGCUGCACGUAUACUUUCUCUCGACAAGGGUUCCAUGUUCACAGACUGAAUCAGGGUGGCGUCCCUCUCUACCUUAGCCGAUUGCAUUGCCGUGCAACUGACCCGGACGAUGUUCCACCGAAAUCAAAGUCACUAAGCCUUUCAAGCCACCUAGCCUCCUGGCCUCUAGGGUUUUCAAAGUUCCGUAGCCACUGCAGAGCACUAUGGUCAGUCCUGACCAGAAAACGUCGCCCGUAAAGGAAUGUCUCAAAGUGCUCCGUUCCCCACACGAGGGCCAACAGUUCCUUCCGGGUGGUACUAUAGUUCCUUUCAGCCUUUGAUAGAGCACGCGCUGCGUAUGCUAUUACACGUUCUUUCCCACAUUGAACCUGCGACAACACCGCCCCCAGCCCACUGUCACUGACAUCACUGUCCAGGAUGAACGGUACGUCUAGCUGGGGAAAAGCCAGGAUGGGAGCACUCGACAAUUUGUGCUUGAUGUCCUGGAAAGCUUCCUCACACUCAGCUGUCCAUCUGAAACGGUCCCCCUUUUGACAAGCGCGGUGCAAAGGGGAUGCAAUUUGGGCGUAGUUUGGCACAAAUUGUCUAUAGUAACCAGCCGUCCCCAAGAACGCUCUCAGCUGACUCUCAUCAACUGGCUCCGGCCACUCCUUUAUGACUCUUAUUUUCUCUGGAUCAGUAGAUAUACCCUCCCGUGACACGACGUGACCUAACACAACCACCUGUUCACACACAAUUUCUUGGGGUUAAUCUUCAAGCCUGCUUCUGUCAAGCGUGACAACACAAGUGACAGUCUCUCCCUAUGCUCCUCUAGUGUUCGACCAAAGACAAUGAUAUCAUCUAGAUACACUAGACAGUCUGACCAGCAUAAACCCUUCAAGAUAGGGUGCAUAGCCCUCGUAAAACAUGCAGGUGCAUUCGUAAGGCCAAAACGGACUAAAGACUGGUAAAGACCAUCCGGAGUUGCGAACGCUGUCUUUUCCCGAUCUUCCUCUGCCACAUCAAUUUGCCAAUAUUCCUUAAGGAGGUCGAGAUGAGAAAACCACUGUGCCCCCGAUGAACUCUCCAAUAUGUCAUCACACCGAGGAAGCGGGUACAAGUCUCGCUUGGUUACCGAGUUAAGAGCGCGGUAGUCCACACAGAAACGUUGACUGCCAUCAGGUUUUGCUACUAAAACCACCGGAGAGGACCAAGGGGAAUCGGACGGUUCUAUAAUCUCUGCUUCGAGCAUUUCAUCCACUUGGUUGCGCAUUUCUUGCCUUUUGUGAAAGGGAACUCUUCCUGGCGGUACCUGGAUUGGCUUGGAAGAGCCUGUGUCGAUGGUAUGUUGUACGCCCUUUGCAGUACCUAAAUCCCACGGCCCCUUUGAAAGGCAGUCAGCGUAAGUGGACAACACCUCAUAAUGCUUAAGUUUUUCCUCUUCCGGGACCAAAUCGCUGCUGAUCGGGAACAUCUCUUCUACCAAUAAACUGUGAACGUCAGCGUCCCUCACAAAAACCGCACCACAUUGUUUAGCUUCCAAUCCAACCUCAACAUCUUCCUUUGAGGCCACAGGGGGUACCACCUUGUAGCCCACACCCACAUUGGUUUCCUCCUGUGAUUCCUCCUCGCCAGCUAAUGGGUAGAGGUCCCCCAUACUGCUACACCUGUAAAUCUUGAGGGGCUUGUUAAGGUAAUUGAACACACGAACUGGGAUUCGACCUCCUUUCACAGUCACGGCCGUCCGAAAGGCCCCAGCUGAAUAUCUUUCGGAAAACUUGUCCGCUGGUUCCAGUACACCCAUACAUUCGUCUAAGUCAUCUACCCCUUGGACCUCACAAGGUAUGUCUGCGAUCAUAUUUGGAGAUAAUGUGACGGUUUCGGCCACAGUGAUCCUGUAAACUCUAUCAAGGCAUCCAAAAAACGAUUCUGUUGGGUCCCUCCUUACUGUAGCCAGUGUUAGUGUCAAAGUUAAUGAUACAUUUGUGAGCUGUUAGAAAAUCUAUACCAAUCAACACUUGCUGUGCCAAGCCUCGGCACACCAGCACUUUAUGCUUAGCCCUGAUUGCGCCCAGCUGAAUUGUUACUUUUGUUUCUCCAACCACAUCAAGUGGCAUGUUAUUGGCUCCCAGGACAGGCUUCAGUGCGGGCUCAAGUUUGUUGAUAUGUGUCUUAGAGCGACUGUAUAGGUCUUCACUGAUAAUUGUUGCUUCUGCACCUGUGUCUAAUAAGGCUUGGGACUUAACACCAUUGACAUCACAAGGCAAAUAUGCUCCCUUUGGAUUCUCGGUUGGGGUCACUUUCGGCUGCGCCCCGCCCAUCUCCCGUUUCCCUGGUCGGGACGGACUUGAUGUGGACAUUCACGAAUAAAAUGAGACAGGCUACCGCACUUAAAACAUGCUCUGGGGCCUUGUCCAGGUUCUACACCUUCAUUCCUACCUUGCCUCCAUUGAGGAAUAUUCUUAGCUUCUCUAAGAUUUCAGCUUGCUACUGAAAAAGCUCCUUAGCCCACGCUGGGGGUUCUUGGGUGCCCUGUUGGGAGCCAAACUUUUCCUGCUCCCCAGAUGUUGAAGACAGUACUCGAGCACUUCCCUUGUUUAGCACUUUUUGAUUUGAUUCAUAUCGCUGAGCUGCCGCUAGGGCCUCAUCCAAAGUAUUGGGCCCCAAAUCCAACACCUUCUCUCCCAAUAUAAUAGGGGUCAAAGCACCCACGAAGAAAUCUCUGGCCGUGCGAUUGAGUAUAUCCGGGGGGUCAUCAGGAUAGGCCAGCUCCACAAGACGAGAAAUGUCGCACCUCAGUUGAUGUAGAUUUUCGUCAGGACGUCUUAAUUUGGCUCGUAGAGAGGAAAUGUGUACCCGACGAGAUUCCUUAGGAUGAAAUCGAUCUGUCAGAACGCGUUCAACGGCUGUCCACGUGGCUGCUUGUUCGGUAAUCAGGCUGUAAUAGGUCUGUUCGGCAAGGCCUUUCAGGUACGCGGGUAAUAUUUGACAUUGAAGUUCAGGACUCCACUUGUUAAGGGCUGCAAUACUUUUACAUUUCCGUAUCCAAACUACCCAACUUUCGCUGGACGUCGCAGAGAAGCUCUCCGGUUUGAUGCGAAGCGGGUUUUCUGGCGACGUGGUCGGUGAACUGCCGCUUGCACCAGCCUUACUUUCACUUUUCUUUCCAAGUUUCGCCUCGAGGAGCGCUACUUUCUCUUCUAAAGCUUUCACAGUAUCUUCCAUGGCAAAAAUCCCACCGCUGCCACCAAAUGUAACAAAACUAACACAGCUAGCGUUCGAAUCACUUUACUAAACUAGCACAACAGUUACACGAGUCGUAGGUCUCCUAAACUGCGCAUGUCCGACCCAACUCGGGCUCAGGCCCCACGCUACAACUUACACCAAACACAAUUCGGUCGCGAAUCAUACUGUCAUACUGGUCGCCAAAUUUGCAGGACUUUGCACGUGUUUUCAGUUCAGUUAUAAAUUGGUCGAUGGUUUCACCUUCUUGGUGCUUGUACUCCCUGAAUCGGUAUCUUUCGAACACGUUGUUUUUCCUCGGGUUCAUAUACUCCUCGAACUUCGACUUUAAAACGUCAAGCUUGGUACGAUCCUCUUCGGUGGCAAACUGAAAAGUAUUGUAGAUUUCCAUCGCUUCUUUGCCGAUCACAUGGAGUAGAAUCGCGCACUGAACAUCCUCUUUCUCCUUUAUCUUUCCCGACGCUUUCAAAUACAGGUCAAAACGUUAGAACCACCAUCUCCAGUUAUCACGAAGAUUCCCAUGAAGCGAGAAAGCUUUCGGAGGCUUGAAAAACUCCAUCUUUUAACUCCUGGUACUAUAUAAUGUUUAGUCACUAACACAACACGCACACAAGUGCCAUGUUUUAAGACUCACCAUUUAGUAAUAAAUCAGUGAACAUGCCCACGGGAAACACUAAUGUGUGCUAAACUAUUCUAAUUAACAUAAUCAUGACAGAAACAUUUAAAAAUACAUAAAUUCCCUUUCAAAAACGUAAUUGUCUUGGCCAUAGAGUGCAAAAUGUACCUGAAAUUCAGCAAAAACGUCACUGCCUUGGUUGCAUUUCAAAACAGACCAUGCGCUCCGUCGUGAAGAAGACAAGAUUGAAUUCCUCGAAGGACGAUUUCUUGAUGAAAAGCUUCCCUUCCUCCACAAAAAGAAAGCUGAGCAUUCUUUUGAACUUUCUCUUUCCAUUUUUUGUCUUUUAACGGUGUAUUUUUAACCUUGAAAUGUAGAGCUCUUGUCUUAAAACAUCUGCAUGGUGAUCGCGCGGCAGAGACACUAAAAUCUUUUUUAAAAGUUUCUUUAGCCGUGAUAAGAAAAUUUAGGCUUAAAGUGAGGUAAUAGAAAAUCAGUGGCAAACUGCAUCUGUGAACAAUUCCUGUGAGAAACACCUACAGAAACAUACACCACAGGAACGUAUUACUCAAUAUGCAUGAAACAGACCAGCUUCAUGACCUCUAAAUGUGACACUCAGAGUGGCAAAAAUAAGAUUUGUCGACAAAAAUGAGAUUUUUUCGGUCAAAGCUUAUGAUACCCCAUGUACUGGAUAAUCUUCGCUCUAGAAAGAGAAGAAGGAAGUCCUCGGUUCAAGCAAACCAAAGGUCACGUUUCACACUAUCACUCACACUAUCGUGAGCUUAUAAGUCGUGUUUGGUAUGUCAACAGUUUAUUACAAACGAAUUGCUGAAACCGUCUGUAGCCAAUCGCAAGUAGUACUUUAUUGUCACAAAGGCAGGUAACAAUGAUUUGUAUUUUACACCAAUCAGCAUGAACUUACCAAAGUCUGUGACGUAACGGGACGGCAUUAUAAUGCUGGGAAUUCAGAUGUCUCUCUUGCCUUGCUGCCCGUUGGGGGUGGGGUGAACAGAUGGAUGACAUUUUAGACUCCUGUACGCUUUUUUUUGCUGUGGCAUCAUAACAAACCAUCAUAAUAACCCGUACAUUCAUUACUUCUUAGUUGUACACUUCUGAAGGUCCUUGCUGCUGUCAUUGUGGAUAAUAAUAAUUAGUAAAAUCCAACUAACUAGUGGACUAUUAUCAAUGAUGCGUUCUGAUUGGUUGAGCUAUUACUAGGCUAUAUGUUCCUUCCCACUCGUAGCACAAAGCGCCGGCUUUUCGGCGGCAAAAAAAGGCUUAAAGUCUAGCUUUAACUAGCUAAAGUUGUUUUGUCUCUAUAUUUUUGACCAACUAGUUGGAUUUUACUAAAACAAUUAUUCCUCUCGCCCUCAUUGCCUCUGAGUCAACAGCCCAUUUGGCCAUUCGGCCUCAUGGGCUAUUGACUCAGAGGCCAUUCGGGCUCGAGGAAUAGUUAUUGUUAAUAACUUAAUAAUAAUUUAUUUCUCAAUUCCCCAGCCGAAUUGAAAAAGAACAAACUUAGCCAAAAUAAAAUAAUAAUGUGCUAAGAUCUGCUUGUUAUAUGCCACUUAAAUAUUAUCAGACUCAUAAUAUCCAGGUAAAUACAUGAAUUAUUGAUACAAACUUUCAUUUAUGGAAAUACAAGAAAGAGGCUGAGGAGUUAGUAUUAAUGGGAGGGAAGGGGGCACUGAAAGGGUUUGUGUUGUCUUGAGCGAGGAGGUGAUUAUCCUUUGUUCCAAGCUCCAGACCUCUCCUUAUAUAAUGCGAGAAUUAACAUAACAUAACAUAACUUUAUUUAAGUAUCGAUGUGUUGGGGACACUAAAAUAAUAAGGAAAAAAAUUAUAAAAUGAGUUUAUACAUGGUAUCAUAUGGUGAAUUUAUCAUUCUCUGAAAUCUAAAAUUUAUAAAAGGUAAAAAUGUAAAAGUUAAAAGAUUACGGAGUUAUCCCCUUUAAAAUACACAGAAAAAUGCUUAAAAUAUUUUUAAAAAUUCUCAAGUAUUACAAGACAGGAGCCACAAUUUUCACUUAUAAGAUCCACAAGGUUAAUACGCCGUAUGCUGGACUUGAAGGAUUGUAAAGUAGGUUUAUCCUUGAUUUUGCUGUCCAAUCUAGACCAUAUAUAUGUUCCAAAGUACCUUAUGGAGUGUUUCCCCUAACGUACACCAUUAAAUCUGGGUAAAUGAAAGUCCAUAUUUCUUAAGUCAUAUUUGGAUAACUUAACACUAAAAAUGUCAACGACAUUACUAGGUACCAAACCAUAUUUAACUUUAUACAUUAAGGUAGCAAGAUCUUGUAAACGCCGAUUUUGUAGGCUAGGUAGAUUGGCACGGUUAAGAAGAUUAGAGUACUCUACUGAAUGUGUGUUAUACACGAUCCUAAGGGCACGCUCUUGAACUCUUUCAACUUUUCUGGCGUCGGAGGCUUUACAGAAAUGCCAUUUAAGAUGACAAUAUGUUAAAUAUGGCAAUAUCGAGGAUUUAUAUAAAAGCAAUUUUGCUUCCAUAGGGAUCAGAUUUCUUAAUCUUGAGAGGACGCCCACUCUCUUGCUAGCUUUUAUACACAGUUCACUAAUGUGUUUUCUAAAUACAAGGUGUUCGUUGAUGUUAACUCCCAGAAGGCUGAUGUCAGCAGUACUUUCAAUGACAUGUGCAUUGAUUGUUAAUGAAGCUUGAUCCUUAUCAUUCUGUGAGUUGAUCAUCAGCAACUGGAAUUUAUCAGGGUUGACCAUAAGAUAGUUAUCGUUAUACUAUAGGUCAAGGCUUUAGCGGCUUCCGACUCAAGGCGAGCCUUCAUGCUAUAGGCAUUACUCCCCGUAGAAAAGAGCUGAUCGUCAUCGGCAUACAUGUUUAAGUUGGCGUUACUGACCUGAUAGGAUAGGUCGUUCUGAUAGAGAUUCUACAGCAAAGGACCGAGUGAUGACCCUGUCGGCAGCCUCGUUUCAUUUCUUUCCAAAUAUUACUUUUGGCUGUCCUGACUUUGACCCUGUUCAGUCGACCAUAAAAGAAGGAUCGCAUUUAAUCCAGAGAACUGUCUCUGAAACCACACGCAUUGAGUUUGGCCAAGGUUAAAGAGUGGUGAAGGGAGUCAAAAGCUUUACUCAUGUCCAUUGCUAACAAGUAAACCUUCUUACUGUCAAGGGCUUUCCUCCAAUCUUCAACGAGGCCGAUUAACGUGGACUCACACCUAUGUUGUUUUCUAUAGGCUGUCAUUCUUGAAUAGAGGAUACGAUCGUAGUACGUAGUAAUUUGUGUACACAGUAGAUGCUCAAACACUUUGCCAAAUAAUGGGAGUACUGUAAUCGGGCGAUAAUUUUCUUUGGCUUGUUUGUCUCCCUUUUUGAAUACAGGUGUCCAUUUUCCACUUAGUGGGCCAGAAUCUCUUAGCAAUACAGUGGUUGAAUAUGGCCCCCACAGAUGGUGCAAUGGCUGAAGCAGUUUUCUUAAAGAGGAUGGGUACAGUUUGAGAGUCCCAGCCAGACGAUUUCCUACGAUUAAUAUUUUGAAUAACAUCCGACACAUCUGUUUCAAUAAUUGCUUGAAAGUUGAGAUCUAGGGCUGCAUCGUGAUGUUUUCUAUUUAUAGACUUAAUGCUGGUGUGAUGUUGGUGAUCCUCCUCAAGCAUAUCAUGUACAUCACAGUUGCCCUCCGAUAUCUAGUGCUACAUUAGCGAAGUAAUCCGCAAAACAAUUAGCAACAGCGACCGCAUCAUUCUCGGUAUCAUUUCCAUCUACAUUCAGAGUGAUGGGAUUAUUCUUAGCAGUUUUCUUGCUAAUGAAAGGCUGAAAAGUGUUGAAGAAGUCCCUUGGGUUUCCCUGAUCUUUUCCGAUUUCAUUUUCCAGAAUUGUUUAAUUGCUUUCUUGCACUCUUUCGUGGCCAGAUUUCUGUACUUCCUCUUAAGCUCGAACUUUUCUUCAGUUUUGUCUUUUGUGUAUAAUUUCGCAAACAGUCUCUUCUUUCGAAAGGCUUUUUUCCAGUCUGAUGUCAUGUAUGGGACGUCGUUUUCCCACAUCCGUUUUCUCCUAGUUGGUGCAUGAUAAUUAAUUAUGUAAUUCAUUAGUCCUUUCCAGUAAUCGAUUCUAUCGUCGAUUUCAGUGAAUAUAUCACCCACAUGCCAGGGAGUGUUUGAAAGGUCAUCUGUCAAUAGCUCGAGGUCGAUGGUUUUUAGAUUUCUACACAAGAUUGUUUUUGGCUUGUAAUGAGUAACUUUCUCAUUUAAAGCAAGUAAUGUAUGAAUUGUUAAUAAUAAUUUAUUAUUUUGGUUUGGCAUCUCUAUCCAAAAAAUGUGGUUUACUUCAACUAGUUAAUUUUGUAUUUUAUAUGCGUAGGUUAUUGGACUUUUCUUGGCAGAAGUAACAAGAAGUCUCCUGCUCUGUUUAAGUUUUUUUACAAAUAUCCGUACUGCAGCAAGGGCUCGAGCCAUGGUACUUACAAUGGUCUAUAGUAAGGUGACAACAUUAAGAAAUGUUGGGGACAAAUCAAUUGGAGAGGCAAGUAAUACUAGUCAAGAUAAAAUACUACCUAACAUGUACUACACAAAGCCAGUAAAAUAAUUAAUGGUACUUUUCCUGCACUCUGAUUAGCUAGUCUGGAGGUGCGCUGGGGCUAAGUAGUUUAUUUUGUACAUGUACAGUGACAUAGCUGCCUUAAACCCAUUAUGCCCAAGCUUAACAGGAAUUUGAGCAAAAAUAAGUGUAGGUUAUCAGGUGUUCUUUAAAUGAUUUUCUCAAUUGAACUAAAAAUGGGCAAUUCUGGAAACAAGAGUCUGCUGUCGGCAACACCUUUUGCUGUUCGCAGAGAGCUAUUUACUUUAUCCAUUCUGAAUCUCUUGCCUAAAUUGUUUGAACUAAUGUUGUUCCGUUGUGUCUCUUUUUCGCUAUCUAUGAGCAUUUCCCAGACUCCCUUGCUUAGGAUGUCUAUCCUGGGCCCUCUGCUUUUUUUUUCUGCAUGCUUUUAUAGUGUCAUUAGAAAGUUACAGAGAUGCUUGUGACGCCACAGCUUGUGAAGCCAAAGAUCAUCAUUAAGUACCCCGAGGGGGGUAAAAACUUACAUGUAAGCCUUGAUGUCAACAGAUCGACCGUCAUCACUUUACAAAUAACUUACUUCUUGACACGGACUCUGGUCUGUUUUCUUGGACCUCUUGAAAGCGUUCGACACAGUUGACUACAACCUUUUACUUCAUAAGAUUAAAUCAGUCGGUCUCUCAGGUGACACUGUUAAGUUCCAGUCAUACCUCACGAACGGAAAACAAAUGACGUUUGUUGGAGAUAUCUCUUUCACUGCACCAAUAACUGUUGGGAUCCCACAAGGACAAGGAAGCAUAUUAGGACCGCUUCUCUUUCUUAUCUAUGUGAAUGAUUUACCAUCUGUCAGCUUGCCAGCGAAAUUAUUCUUUACACUGAUAACACUGUGAUUUUUUACUCAUCGACUGAUCAGUUUGACCUUGAAAGCAAGUUAAAUUUUGAUUUGGCUACAGUUUCCAAAUGGUUUUAGAGUAACCUGUUAACCCUAAAUAUUUCCGAAUGAAAUUUCGUAAUUUUAGUAACUCACAGAAGCUUAAACUGGUCAAUGAAAUUUCCGGCAAAGUAAAUUCCACCGCUAUUAAAAGGUCUGACUCGUUUAAGUACAUGGGAGUUGAUAUAAACCAAACCGUGUCUUGGUCAGAGCACAUGCAUUGAUACUAUCAGUACAAAGAUCAAUCAAAAGGUUGGAAUGAUAAGGAGAAUACGACAUCUUUUACCUUUACAUGCUAAGCUUACACUACUACAAUAAUUAUUGCUUAAUCAUCCCACUGUUUGACUAUGGAGACACAGUGUGGGGUGACAAAAAUAACAACACACUUAUGGGCCAGCUGCAAGUCCUUCAAAACGAGGCAGCUAAGGUUCUGUUUAAUUUAUCAUCAAGAAGUUCAUCAACCGAGGCACUAGAACUAUUGGACCCUCUCCUCAAGGGGACAUCACAUUUCCAUCGGUGUGUUAUGAUACAAAAAUAUCUGUCAGGGGAAAUUGAUUUUGAAUUUGACAUCAGGCACAAUAAUGAUUUUCAUUCUUAUCAAACUCUCAAAAGUAAUGAUUUACGCCUUCCCUGUGUGCGUACCAAUUGAGGCAAGCAAACUUUUAUUUUUCACGCCUCUAAAGACUGGAGCAGCCUAGACAAUGACAUUAAAAACAACAAAAAGUGUCCCUUUUCAGGGCAAAGCUUAUUAAAACUUUGUAAUAAUGCCUAAUCCAAUCUUUAAACUAUUUUUAAAUUAGUUUUACAUGUAAAUACCAAUUUUUAUCUCUACAUUUUCUUAGUUUUUGAUUUUUUUAAGAAGGUGAUUUAGCGUUUAAUUUUUUUUUCUUCAUUUUGUCAUUUAUUCUUUACCGGGCCCCACUGAAAACCGCUAAGGCAAGUGGGCUCCCUGGACAAAUAUUAUGCUUGGGUAUCUAAAAGGUAGUAAUGCUGCGGCACAUUCUGUUGAUACUGGAAUUAGUUAGGCAGUGAGACUUAAAAGAAUCGAAAGUGAUAUUGAAUGUCCUAUUUACAUAUUGGAAAGUAACAAUUACUAUCAGUCUAUAGAAAGAACUCGUGGGAAUGUUGUUUAGAAAAUGAUCAAGUUGUUAUCAACUCUGGUUUUCCCACAGUAAAUUGUAGGAAAUGAUAGAAAUUCAGAUUGAUUAUCCAUAUAAGGGUAUUUAAUAUCCGGUGUACUAUCUUUUCUCUGGAAACACGAUACUUUUCUUGCUGUUUAUUGCACUUUAUUAAAUAAGAGUUAUUUAUGAUAUAUUUAUAGAAAACAACAACACAAAAAGAGGGAAAAAAAGAAAGAAGGCAAAAAAGAGUUGAGUAGGACUCGAACCCAGCACCUUCGGCUCGACGCGAUUACAUAACCGUGGAGAAAAGUUUUAAAUUUUAUUCCUUUUCCAUGAAACUUCCGCCGGCAAGAUGAUCAAGCCGCAUUAACCGAGCUAUUAGCAGUAAAAAAACAAUGUAAACGCAUAUUCCAUGGCAAAACGCCGAUACACGUCCUUGUCUGUAAAAUUGGACGCAAAACAUAUGUUUUGUUAUCUCGAUUUCCGCUGUUAUUUUAAAGCUAAUGGUCAAAAUCACAUCCCCUUUCGGCUCAUACAGGUUCUUAAGAAUAGCAUGGCAUGACAUUUUCUCUCUUUCACAUCACCUCCUAGCAAGCUGGAAUUUGUACAUCCCCCGUGUUGCGGAGUCAAAGAGCAAAUGCUCAUCUUCUCGUCAAGUUUAAAGCCUGGACGAGUCAAAGGCUCUUGAAUUGAAAUCCAAUCCCCAAGUUAACCAUCGUACUCAUCUGAAAGACUCCUGCGUGUCUUAAAUUUGGCAAUACCUAAUCGUGCUGUAGAAAACUUGCCACAAAGAAACUCUAAGUCUGGGCAGCAAACGAUCGAUGCACGCUCAUUUGAGUUGUUCGCAGCACAAUGCAUUCUGGUAAAAAGUGAUGAAUUCGAGAAUUUGUUCCACCUUAUAUAUUUCCCUUAAAUCCUGAUUAUGUUGCUGCUCGCUCCCUACGGUCGCUCCGCAGCAAAAAUCAUCCUUAGCCCUCUUGCAUGCAUAAGAGAUGCCCAUUGACUCGUGGGAAAGAGUUAUCAGUAAUUUUCUCACAAAAAAGCGGACUUGUUCACACAGUUUUUCCCUUUUGUGCCCAUUUUCUAAAAAAUGUGCACUUUUACAGCGUCAAUGACAGAUUUUGCAAGUUACUAUUUAUGUUGGACAUUGGCCCAAAAUAUUGAUAUCAGGAAAAAUAGUGUUUUGAACAAAGGCAAACAUAUUUAUACAAGCCUUUUAUCAGUACACCUAAUAUUUUCCUUCUUUAGAUGUCUGGAUUGUAUUUUUUUUAUUCUUACUAUUAUCUAAAAUUCAUAUGUAGUGUGCAUGCUGUGCUUUUAGUUUUAAUGUGUAAAAUUUGUGCCUUAUAAACGAGUAAAAGAAAAUAAUAAUGAUCAUCAUCAUCAUCAUCAAUCAUCGUCAUUAUUAAAAAAAAAAAAUGCCUGACUACGCCCCUGAUGUAAGUUUUGCAAAUUAAUUUUUUUUUUCAAAUAAAAUCACUUCGUCUAAUAGUAUUGAUGUUAUUGUUUACUAUCAAAAAACGGAAUGCCGCUGGCCUCUAACUUGCAGGCCCACAUAAAUUAUUUGUAAAUAUAGUUACAGGCAUGUGCCGUCAACAUUUAUUUAUUUUAUUCCCUUUUUUGCGAGCCCCAGUUUUUUGCCUUGUCUUUCCAUUUUGUUCUUAUUUUACUUGCAUUAAAUGCAUUUUUAGACCCAACAGCCCCUGUUUAGUGUUAACCAGUUACAAAAUGAUGCUCGUGGUAGCCAAACAUUCCAGUUUGAAAGUUAAAAUGGAACACAACUUUUCCAGUCUGUGAUGUAUUUCGAUGAGAAGAUCACACACUGGGUACAAAUUUCUAGUCCACACGUCGGCAGUUUCCAAAACGAAGCACUCGAAAAAGAAAACCGAAGCACCAAGCACCCAAAUGUCGAAAACGAAGCACCCUAAACUGGAAAACGAAGACCCCUAGAUCGAAAACGAAGACCCAAAAUCUCGAAAACGAAGCACCCAAAACUCGAAAACGAAGACCCCUAAAUCUCGAAAACGAAGCACCCAAAACUCGAAACCACUGUAAGUUUAAUAAGUGCAACUUACGUCUUACAUGACGCAAUCCGAAUCAGGUGGAGGCAGCGGAUGCGUCCGCACCUCUAAAGGUCCACAAAAUCCAUCCCAAGGUUUUAUAACCAACUGUUUCAGUGAACGUUUCUAGACAGGAUAUCCUGUAUUAAUUUUAUUAUUAGUCAGAUUAGUCUUGCUAAACUUGAUACAUCUUACCUUAAUAUACAUUUUUUCGGUACACAUACAUGUUUAUGUAGACUUCAAAACUGUCCGUCAGCAGAUUUUGGCGUAUUCAAGUACGCGUGAGCAGUAACACAAAAGGUCUGAAACGAGGCUGAAAACGGAGUGUGAGGCUCGCGCGUAUUACUCUUACGCCACGCUUUACCGACUUCUUUACUGAUUUUGAGAAAAAAAACCGAUUGUUUUGCAGUCUGACAUAUCGGUGUAUGACAUUUGCAGACUGCAGACUGCAGACUGCAGACCGCAGACUGCAGACUGCAGACCUCAGACUGCAGACUGCAGACCGCAGACUGCAGACUGCAUGAGGCAGCAUGACUGUAAAUUGAAUGAAACCAAAAAUAUCGUAAUAAAGGUGGCGUCAUCAUCAACAUUACCUUGUUCCGAAAAGUAAGGCCUAGAAGCGAAGUUUAUAUUUUUCACGCAAAUUACACCGACCUCAUUCUUAAAGGAGCUGUUGGCUGUUCUUUUCGUAUUGAAUUAGAGUAGAAUAAUGUCUGCCGAUGUCACAAACUUGCUCAUGAAUCCAUAGCAACAGUCUAGCAAUUUAGCCUGCACCACAGACGAAACUAAACUAUAAGUCUGUCUGUGAAACAGCGCAGGAAUCCCUAUUCUACGGGGGCCCCACCUGUGUACUAGGACUGGGAAUUCGUCGAGUCCAGAUAGGAUCUGUUUGUUUUCGAUUAUUUGGCAUAUCCCUAAAUACUUCUAAGAUGAAAUACGUCAUUUAAAAGGUGUUAAAUGUCGUUGAUCUAUCCUACGAAGCGGCUCGCAAUCUAAAAACUUUUUUUUACAGAAGACUACUAUUUAGACAGGGCGUUGCUACUUGUCAUUAUCAAUUCACGAUAAUCAAAGAAGAAUGAAGAAUCAAUGCAAUUAGUGAUAUGCCGGGUGAGAUGAUAAAGGGUCGGUGAAGAAUAGCCAACAGCAUUUUGGGAAUGAGGCCAAUGUAACUUUGCACAAAAAUAUCUGCAGUCUGCAGUCUGCAGCCUGCGGUCUGCAGUCUGCAGUCUGCAGUCUGCAGUCUGCAGUCUGCAGUCCGCGGUCUGCAGUCUGCAGUCUGCGGUCUGCAGUCUGCAGUCUGCAAAUGUCAUACACCGCUGACAUAUUGGGUAUCUAUGACACUGCGUAAUCAGAUCAGAUCAGAUCCAGGCAGAAUUUGUUCUAGGGUAAUAGCCUGGGACCAGGCUCUAUGGUGGGGAACAGGAGAAUUCGAUUCGUUAUCGUGCUUGAUUCCUGCUGUAUUAGCAUUGGUCUCGUGUUUAUAAAGGACAGACCGGUUUCGAGUUUUUGGGUGCUUCGUUUUCGAUCUAGGGUGCUUCGUUUUCGAGAUUUAGGGGUCUUCGUUUUCGAGUUUUGGGUGCUUCGUUUUCGAUCUAGGGUACUUCGUUUUCAAGUUUUGGGUGCUUCGUUUUCGAGAUUUGGGUGCUUCGUGCUUCGGUCUUCGUUUUCGAAACUACCAACACACGUCAUUAGUAAAUCUUGUUUAACCCACUGUUUCCUUUCACCGCUCCUUCAAGAGCAAAUACAAAUACAUCGACGAUACUCGAUACUUGAAAAUUUGUUUAUGCAACGGAAUCAAACUGAACUAUCAAACUACAAAAGGGAAAAUACAAUCCAAGUGAAAACAUCGACGCUUAGGCUCAAAAUUUUGUGAUCAACUGACCACAAGUUAGUCGCGUGCUCGAAAAUACAUGAAUAAUAAAUUCGCGGGAAAAAGACAAACAUAGUCAUUCCCCAUUUAAGCAUCCAGCAUUUUCCACCAGAGGGUGACUGUUAUAUAUGUGUCAAUUUACUCAAGUGUAAAAGAAUUCUUUUUUGAGUGGAAAAUGCCCAUGGUUUUAAAAUAACGGUCAAAUAAUUAGAUGUCUUAACAAAUGCUAGAAGUGCUAAGUAAAUUGCAUGUUAUGGGAAUUACAGUUGAGUUGAGCACAAAAUUGGCUGCUGUGAGUAAUUUUACUGCUUGGUACUUUGUUGUGUUGCGCCUCCUGUAAAUACACUUAGUAAAAUAUGUGUAUAAAUUAUGGUUUACAUGUACACUUAAAUCAUUCACUUGUCUUUUUGUGUAAUAGUGUUGUUCUCUGUACAAUAGCAGUAAAUUAAUGUUUAUUUUAUACAUGUAUGUCUUAAUGCAUCUGCAUAAUUAUAAUGCCUAAUUAAGUGAAAAGAUGUCGUAGAUGCUACAUCUUUGGUUCAUACUCAGUCAGUGCUGAUCAUUUUUUUUUGUUCACAUCACCUGUUAGUUUGUGAAUUUGUGUGCAUCUGAUGCUGAAAGGGUCUCCCAAGGAGUGAUAUUUAGUAGCUUUGUUCUAGGUAAGAAUAAUACGUUAGAAUUACUAAAUGCCAUAAGGAUUCGAUCAUAUUAUUUUAUACUGUCAAGCUUAAUCUUUGAUUUGAAAUUUUGUUUGCUAUUGUUUAAUAUUGUUUAAGAAAAUGAUGCUUUGUUCCAGACUUGAAUCUUAUAAUCUCACGUCUACAUAAAGAACAACUGUGAAAGCAGAAUAUAAUAUUACUUGCCAACUCAUAAUCAGGCGUGCUAACUAUAUAACUGCAAUUCAAAAACUUCGAUCUCAUUCCCAACCACACAUUUAGACCAAUUUCUCACCCCUAUUGACAGAAAAAUUGCAGCCCUUCCUGACGCAUUUUUGAGAAAUUUAUAAUUUAAAAAAAGUGUACCAAACUCAUUGCCAGAAAAGGCCAUGCAAACUGUGUACGUUUUUGAUAAUCUCUGAUUUUGGAACUUUGUAUAGGGAACAGUCAUUAUUUUUCUUGAGAAUUUCAGAAUUUUUUCAGAAUGUGUUGAGAAAUCUUUGAAAGUCGUUUUGUCAUUAUUGGGUCCCCCAUGAGAAGUACUGGCACCCUCGAGAUGAGGAUUAUUGUCAUGUGUGCGACUCACAAACAGCUGACAGGUGUAAUAGUGAUAAUAUCACUGUUUGAUUGUCCCUAUGUUAUUCAAGAAGCCUAGUAUGAAGAAAAAUUCUGAUUCCCAGUUUCUGACCUGGGACAAAUUUGCUGAGAAUUCUACAUGUGAUUCAAUUGAAGGCUGGAUGUUCUUAGUAUCUCUGUUUUGUAUAUAUUUUCAAAUAGUUUGAAUUUUCUUUUCUUUAAUUUCUUAGGUGUUAUUUAUAGCUCUAUCAGAGACAAUGAUACGUGAUACUAAUAAUACAAUAAAAAAAUGAUUGGUUCUCAAAAAAUUCAGGAACCAUUUCGAAAAGAAUUAAAACAUUUAUUUAUCAAGUUAAUCAAAACAACAUUUUAAAAUGAGUGAUAACAAACAAUGCUAAACAGCCUGUUGGUAGCAAUGCAGGUCACAGGUCACAAGUGCAGGUUAGAGUACAGGUCCCAAUGCUAAGGUAAAUAAUUAAACAAUGCUAAAAGUGUGUCCUAGCUCUAAUAAUCACAAUCCAAAAUAGAAUUUAUGCUUAAGGGGAAACUGUUCAGUAUCUGAGUUUUUGAUAAUUAUCAAUAGAGCAGCGACCUGUUACCUGUGUUUCCUACCUGCCAGAUAAAAUAAGAAAUGGGAACAAAAUAAUUUGUACAACUAAGUGAAAAGUAGCUUGACCAACCUUGUUAUUUACUGUUCAUAAUGGGGAAUGCUGUUGUCAAGACAUUGUGUUUGUAUCUCUCAAAAGGUGGACUAUGAGGUUAUCCCUAUAAAAGGUCCCCUAACUGAACUUUAAAAAUAUUAAGAAAUUAUUAAAAAAUGCGCGUAAAAAUCAUUAGUGCAGGUACAAAAUGGAAUAGUAAGAAUGAUCUUUAAAAUGAAAAUAUGAUUUUUUCCAAGGCAGAGUUGUCUGAAGGAUGCAUGGUUCCCUUUACUACUGGAUUAGUCCUAAACACUCCAUCAGACAACUUGGCUUAGUAUUAUUAUUAGUAACAGCACAAGUUAACUAUGUUACUGCAAAUUAUUAACAAACAGUAUUUUGUUGAUUUUAAAUUUAAUGUUCUAACUUUUUUCAAGCGUUCCCUGUGAUUAUUGUAUGCACCACUAUCUACACAAUCCUUUACAUUGGGCCAUCUGCUUUGAUAGGAUGUGGCUUGUUUGCUCUUUUUUUCCCGGUUCAGGUAAAUGCAUGUAAAAUAUGUAAGAUAAUUGAAAGGUGUAUUACCUAAAAGAAAAAAAUACAAUAAGGCUUACACAACAGUUUUUCAAGUUGCGGGGGCUACUGGAUUCAAGUGCAUAGCAAAGCCGGGGGUUGUGGUGGUACUGUUGUUCUUCCAUAGGUUGCAUGUAAUGAAAACUUUAAUUGCCUCAUCUCUGUGUUUGGUAACUCACUCCUGUGCAAAAAAUAGCCGUGAAAUUUCAGACAGUUUUACAGUUGCAAAAAGCACUGAACCAAUAGCAGGGAAACGCCUUGUCAUUUUCAAAAUUUUUUGUCAUCUUUUCUCCUUCAAUGAUUACUCUAUUAUUAUUAUCAUUAUUUUUAUUAUUUCUCACAAAACGUGGAGGCCAAGGUCCCCUUGGCCCUUCCCCCAGCGCUGGCUUUGUACAAACAUUCAUUUACUCAUCACCUGCAGAAAGCUUUUUGACCACAUAGUCAUGAAUUUUUCUAUCUACUACCAUACAUUUUGGUUAAUUUUUUAUAUGUUUACAGAGCACUGCAUGAAUGUUGAUAGUGAGUUCUAAGCUGUUGUCACUUUUCUUUUUAUUUUUAGGCAAUCAUUGGUAGAGUUGCGGGAAGAUUCCGCUCCAAAGUGGUUGCAAUCUCAGAUAGAAGGGUAAUGACGCUCCUCAGGCAACUUGAAAGCAAAGACGACCCAAAACUUGAAAACACAUUUUCUCUUCCCUCAAAUUGACCGAGCAGAAAGGCCUCAAGAAAAUAGUUUCCCUCUUUUGCAUUCCUCUGGUGGCCUAACCACUCAUUUAUGCAUGUGCUCUUUUACAAAACGCUUGCUACACAGUCUACUGUCUAGCCCAGUGACUGGUCCAAUUUUACUGUCCAGUCCACACUGCAUGGUUUCACCUAAAAUGUUUAACCAUAAAGGGGAAAAAGGGGUAAAGGAGAGGAGAAUAUUGCUUUGCUAUCACCCAGGCUUAAGUGUUGGAAAGUGACGCCAGUGUGUGAGCUGCAUCUCAAAGGGCGCUACUAAUAAUUGAAAAUUAGCCUUUGCUUUUAUCCCAUGCUGAAAAAUGCACUGUGACUUUAACAAAGAAGUGUGCUGAAUUCCUAAAAAUAAGACUAAGUAUACACUCUGAAACACUAAGUACAGAGCAAACAUUAAAUAUUUAAACUCAUCUGUUUUUCCCCAUUUUUUACUGACAGGAGUGGGCAUUUGUACGCAGGCUAAACAAAUGUUUGUAAAUUGAUAAUUGAUCUGAAAGUAUCAGUGGAAUUUGUAAGUAUUAAGCAUCAUUAAAGAAAAAGGUUAUACUUUUCAGGUACGAAUGAUGAGUGAAAUAUUAAACUGCAUCAAACUGAUCAAGAUGUAUGCAUGGGAAAAACCAUUUGCCAAGGCUGUAAUUGGUAUGUGCAUUUUUGUUCUUAAUACAUGUUUAAGUCUAAUAAUUAAAAAUACAAUUUUCAGCUGUAUAAUUAUCUCUAAAGAAGCAAUUACAACUGCUGUCAAAAACAUAGAAAGUUUUUUCGUGGAAAGAAGAAACUUUUGCCCUCAGUCACGGUUGAGUUGUUUUCCACACAAAUCCUUGUAAAUUUUGAAAUUUUCAAACUGUCGUAAAAUCUUUCCCUUACCCCAACAUCUCGCGUGGGUUGUGUGUGAUGUAUUGCUUAAGCAUUCAUUUAGCCAACUUUUCCCUGUGCUUUUUGCAGCUAUUCGUCGUGCUGAACGCAAAGCCCUUGUAAAGGGUUCCCUUCUCCUGGGAUUGAACAUGGCAGUGGCCUUAAUUAUUCCAACUAUGGCAACAGUGGGUACAUUUUGUGUGCAUGUUGCCGCUGGUAAAGAUCUCAGUACAUCACAGGUGUGUAUUAAACAGUUCUAUCUUGAUUUUAUUGCUGUCAUUUGACAUAUAUUUCAUUCAUAGAGUUUUAUGCUUUCAGGCAUACACAGUGACAACAAUAUUCAGUGUUAUAAUAUUUUCUUUGGCUGUUUUACCAUUUGGCAUAAGAGGUAUUGCUGAGGCCAGGAUUGCACUGAAGAGAGUUCAGGUAUUCAAAUUUCAUCCUAUUAAAACGGUUCAGUUAAAUGGAUUAUCUUAUAAUUAUUGUUUUGGCAUGUUUUACUGAAAACUGUCCUAAAAAAUUAUGAAGAGCAACUGAACAAGUUGCUGGUGCCUUUUUUUCCACCAGAAUCUAUCUUUGAAUUAAUGUUUUAGUGCAGUGAACAUAUCCUGUACAAUAAUUAUGCUAUUGAUGAUUUUUCAGAUUAAGUAAACAACUUUAAAUUUAUAAUUAUUCACCCCUUCUUCUUUUUAGGGAAGAAAUCCCACCUCUUUUAAACGUUACAGUGUGUUAUUAUCUUAAUUUUUCUUGAGAACGUUCGUGUCUGUCAUGAAAACCACUCCCUGGUUGGAGAUAAAUUUUCAACCAACACAUAUUUGCUGGAUUUUAAACCUCCUGAGUACACAUUUGUAGUCAGGUUUUGUGAAAAACGAGACAGUGCAGUGUUCCAUUGAUUUUAAUGACAGUCAAUGUCUAUUUUGUAGAGUUUGAUGGUGAUGGAGGAACUUGAACCUUUUGUUGAGAAGCCUUCAGAUCCACUGGUGUCUGUAUCAAUAUCAGAAGCAACAUUUGCUUGGGACAAGGUGCAUGUUUCAUUCUUAACUGGAUCUAGAUACGAAUGUAGAACGUAUCAUAGGAAGCAUGUUAUAACUUAAUUUUGCGUUCAAAGCAGGGUUGUGGAUUUGUUCUUUAGUUUUGGUAUAAGUGUUGUAAUUAGUAAGUGAAAAUAAAGAAAACUUGAAACAUGAAUCGACCGUCAAAAGUGAGAGAAAAAUUACCACAUUUUCUUAAGGGGAAUCCUGUAUCUAGGCGCAAUUUCAUAGCAACAGAUUUUGUUAUUUAAUAACCACCAAGUAAGGGUGCGAGGGAAAGGGCGACGAAUUCUGUCAUGAAACGGCCGAUCAGAGAAACGAUUUUUCUGACAUGUGAAAGACAUUGUUCGUAUCUCCAGCUGGCUAAAACUCAGUUUGUGAGCAAAAAAAGUAAUACAUGAUAUGGCUGCUUUUCUGUGAGUAUGUCUUUGUAUGUGUGUGAUAAAAAUGUUUUGCUGCAUAUCUCUCAGUAUGACGCAAGUAAUGGAACGUAGAAUUAACUUCAAUUUCGCUGUAACCCUAUUUUUUUGCCACUAUUAAGGUGGCCCGGACCUAUUUAUAUGCGUGUUGGUUGUUUUUGAUUUGCGUUUUUCAGAAUGAAAGAUUCAACCGAUUUGUAUGAUUUUUGGCAUCCUUAAUAAUGCAACGAAAGCCCUUGUAUUUGGUAAUUUGUUCAAGCUUUUUAGACUUGCCAUCACAUUCGCACGGGAAGUUUACUACUUGGGAAUAAAGAUGAAGACAAAUAUGACAAUCGUCUUAUUCUUCUCAUUAUCCCCAACAGCAAACUGCCCGUGCGAGUGAAUAAAUUACCAAAUACAAGGGUUUUCAUGGCAGCUGAAAAAUGGAUGGUUAGAAGUACUGGAGUUGGUGGCCUUAUUUCUCUUCAAAACGGGAACCUGCGACGCUAAAACCUCUUCACAGUUUUUCGUAGACGCUAUAUUUUGCUUUGUUAAGAUUUGUGUCCAAAAGAGAUGGACAAAUACAAAGUAAGUUUGAUGAAUAGAGUUUCUUUAAUAUCACCGCGCUCUCAGCUUAAAAUUGUUCUUCUUAAAGUGCUAACUGUAUUCGCCUUAAGUUUCUGAUUACUCCGUUUCUUGCAAUAAAGCUUUAGGUAGGAAUAUCCUUUUAGACAGGAGAUAGUCUGUCGGAAGUCUUCCUCUGUUUGCGCGUCAACUUUCACAAAUGUGUUAGCGUAGCAUUUUAAGGUUAAAUUUGACCAGCAUAUUGUGCAGCGAGUUCUAGGGUCACGAUUGCCUUCAAACUUGCAGAUGUAAAACUAGAGAGCUCUUAGGCUUAUUUGCUGAAGUUAGGGAAAAAUCUGUGGAGGGAUUUUGAAGUUAUUUACAUUUUUCGUAAAUAUGCGCUUUUAAAUAUAUGCCGAUAUCUCAAAGGUUUUUAUACCUACAAGAAAAUAAAUAACAUUUUCUUGUAGUUCCAUUAUUAUUUAUUAAGGAUGCCCAAAAUCAUAGAAAUCGGUUGAAUCUUUCAUUCUGAAAAACGCAAAUCAGAAACACAACCAACACGCAUAUAAAUAAGUUCGGGCCACCUUAAUUUAUGUCACUUUGGUUUGCGGUGCAUCGUUGAAAUCUACCUUUGAUCUCAAAUUAACGUGGUAACAAUCUCUAAGGAAGAAGUAUGUGCCCUUACGCUGUACACUCUGUUUGGUGGUGCUUUUUUGGGUGAUAGUUACGUUUUUUAAAAGAUGUUGAUGCACAGGUUAGUCAGCUUUGAGAGAGUUUUCCUCUACGUAAAAUAGCUACCUAUAUACUUACAGGUCAAACCAAGGGCAGAAAAUAAAGGGAAAGGUGGCUUUGGUGCUAGAAAUGGCUCAAAACAAGAUGAUGGUCAGUGCUGAAAGGAUGUAUUCUUACGUUGUAUUAAAUCCUUAUAAUUUACCUAAUUUUAUAAAGUAGAUAAAAAUGAUGACAUAUCAAUUUGUCACUCCUAGUUACCUCAGCAGAUACCCAGCUUAUUGAAGCAAAACAUACUGCUAGGAAAAGAAAAGAAAAUGGUCAGAAGGGUGGAGCCGGACAGGGUAGGCGGGGUCCAACCCUUCUUGAAGUCAAAACCAUGUUGGAACCAGCACUGUUCGAUGUUGAUCUCACAGUUCACAAGGUAUAUUAAAUGAAUGGAAUGUGAUUAGCCCUUUUACACGCUUUUACGAUUGGUUUGUGUUUUUAUGGUAAUAUAUCUAGUUUACUGUGGUUUUCUUUACAUUAGUAUUAUGUUGGUUAGUUAUAGCGAGUACUGCAGUGCACAGUUAGCAUUGUGCUCUGAUAGUGACUCUUGUUAUUUUUCUAGAAAACACUUGUUGGAAUUUGUGGCAGUGUGGGAAGUGGCAAGAGCUCACUUUUGCAGGCUCUCCUAGGGCAGGUAGGUAAAUAGUAAAGGUGGCUUAAAUAGCAUCUUGGAGAAAGAAACCAGUGUGAAGGCACUCCUUGAGGCGGCUCAUGUUCUGUUGUGUUUCCUCUGAUCUGUCUCUUUGUGCCGGGUAAUUAUACCUUAAUCCGUCAGACAAACUGCCUGUGUAGCAAGUCCAAAUAUUGAUUUAAAAAUACCUUUAUACUUCUGUUGUAACAUGUUUCUUGUUAGAUGAGGGUACAGAAGGGUAAUGUGAUGCUAGGCGGGACAACAGCUUAUGCAGCGCAGCAGGUUGGUACCAUUCCUCCACUGAUUUUUGACCCAUUUGCACUUCUUUGUUGUUUGCAUACAAACUCAGCAGAUCUGAUAUACUCAGACAAUAGUCGCCAAAAAACGAUAACAACAACUACAAAAAUAGAAAAGAAAUUAGACAAUUUGCUUUGAUAGUACUUUGUUCACCCCAAUACAUGUAUCUGAAAACUUUCAAAGUCGUAGUUUUCCUGUAGGCGUGGUGCCUUUUACAAGCCACGUUUUUGUGUCAGCAAAGUGGCCUGAUACUGCUUAGAUCUAGCUUUACAAGUAAGAUUUUUAUGUUGCUUAUGAUGCUAAGAGAUCGGUUAAAAUGGCAUUGCGGCCGUAAAAUUUCAAAACCUGAGUUGAGUAACUGAAAAAUGUAUUUGUCCACACCUAAACGAAUAUAGCAAAUCCGAUCAAAAAUCGCUUAUAGAGUUUCAUAAGCUUGUUGCUCAUGGAUGUUUUCGCCCAAUAUUUGAUUGGCCCAGAGACCAUUACGUUAUAUCCAGGCCCCAGUUGUUCAAACGCUGGAUAGCGCUCUUCACCGAAUUAACCAGUUUCCAUAUCCCAGGAUGAUAGCACCCCGAUGACUGUUGUUCAAAACCGCUGGAUAGCUAUUGCAUGGACGAUGUUUAACAAAUCUUUUGUCACCGAAUCACCAGUAACAAGUCGUGAUAUUUCGCUAGACAUAUACCCGUACUGAUACAAGGCAGAGCGCUUGUGAGGGAGUAAAAAAAAAUUCAAACUUUCCGCUGAAAGAAAGGUAAAACUAUUCCAGGUUUUAAUGAUCUCCUUUUAAAUUCUAUCUGGUUAUAGGCAUGGAUAAUGAAUGCAACUGUAAGGGAUAACAUUCUGCUAGGAAAACCAUAUCAUGAAGCACGGUAAUACACUUAAUAUUCUGUUAAAUAUACAGAUACAUAUACAUAAAUGAUAACAAUAUCUCUCCUCGCUACAUACGCCUAUUGCUUUGGUAACGUCUGGCCAUCAAUAUCAGUUUUAAGGACGAUCAUUAUCGGAAGUUGUUUUGCCUUAUGGUGGCAAUUUCAGGGAUUGAAAAUGACAAAACUGAUCCCAUGAAGACCAAGACACAGCUGAAAAUGAAAUUAUCAACUGUUGAAGUGAGCAUAUUCGGUCAUUUCUUAAAAACUCCAUGAAGUUCAUCUUGGAACUUAAGUGAAGCAAUGAAUGAUUUUUCUUGCGCAAGGAGUGUAAGAUGGCGCAUGUGGUGUAAUAGGAUUCUGCAACAGGACACUGAAUGGUAAAGAGAGUUGUUAUUUAGUUGCUUCCAAAGUGAUCAUACCAAAGGCAUGUCAAGUAGAACGGAUACUUCAUGUACUACUUUCAAAACUAUUUUUUAUUAUAUAUUUUAAUUUUGUUGUUAGGUACAAUGCUGCAUGUUUUGCCUGUAGCUUGGAACAGGACUUGAAGAUUUUACCCAGUGGUGAUCAAACAGAAGUGAAUAAAAAUACAAUUAUAAGUAUAUUUUUAGCGUUCUUUACAGUAUAUUGCUUCUCUGUGUCUUAAUAUCCUCGUAUUUGAUAUAUCACUUAUAAACACAACAUUUAACAAUUAUUGGAUGAGGCUGAGUAUUAUCUGAAGAAUUAUGGAGGUCGAGAUGGGUGUUGUCCUCCGAGACUGAUUAACACCCUCCGAGAUCUCGAGAUCUCCAAAAUUCUUCAGAUGAUAAGAAAGCCGAAUUCGAUAAUUGCUUUAUUAUUCAUUCAAAAUAAUUCCUAGUUUACAAACAACCUAAAACAUGCUUACCUCCAUCGACGUUAAGUUUAUCUUCGAUAGUACAAGUUCAACGGCAAGUUUACGAGAUAAAGGGUUGUUCAGUUGUGCAAAUAUUCUCCAAAUAGCGGAUGUCGUCUGUCGAUAUGUCGUCUUAAGCUUGCUGUUCUUGGUAUGUUUUUGGCCAAUACUUCGCCUAUUUCUUCCUCGUGAAACGAGUGAACUGUUCCGUUAUUUUGUACCCACUACCAAAACAACUCAAACCUCGUCCCCUGGUCUUCUCGGUUAACCGUUCAGUUUUUUCGCAAUUAUGCUGCGAAAUUAACGUCAUUUCUUACAUAUCGCAAAAUUCUUCCGAAUUUGGUCGAUAGUAACUGGUUAUGAUGAAUUAUGUGUGGGGUUUUAGCCAAUCAGAAGCGGAGAAAUAUUUUGAAAUGAGUAGUAAUAUAUCUUAUUUGCAGCCUAUCUUGGAUAGGGGGAUAAAGUUUAUGUCCUGAGUGAUAUGUGACCGGGAUUAUACUUGACUCUAAAAAGACCAAGUAUACAUUUUAAAUGGAAAUUUCAUGCCUGCCUUUUCGAGAUAUUUAUGGUUUCUGGGUCAUUUUGGGGUUUAGGUUGUUCUGUUUUAAUGGAACAAUUUGUAAGCUCCAGUGGAUUCCUUAUAUUUUGUUCAAUCGACGAUACUUAAGGAAAAUAUUAAAAAGGAGUGCAGGUGACAGUCGUUUAUUCAAACGCCGUCUGCAUAUUUCCAUUUAAGAUGAAGGCGUACCCCCUCCCCCAAUUCAGAAAAUUCCCCAUAGUUUUACUGUUUUAUUUUUCACCUAGUGGUGACCAUAAAUGUCUGUUCCCGAACACUGUUAAACAAACGAUCAAUGACACUUUGGUAUGUUCUUGAUAAUAAUCGUGGAGGCUUGAAUAGCUGUGUGUAACUUUGAAUGUGCUUGCUGAUAAGAACAAAACUUGUUGAUAAAGCUUGUGUGCUGCGGGAAUGUUUAUUGAGUUGUUUCUGUUUGGUGUAAUUAUUUGUAGAUUGGAGAGCGAGGAAUCAACCUUAGUGGAGGGCAAAAGCAGAGAAUCAGCUUAGCAAGAGCAUUGUAUGCUGACAAGGUGAUGACUAUGUGUAACCUGUUUCAUUUGCUGAUGUUUUGCGAAUAGUAUUAACGGAGGCCUAGGCCAAACGUCGAAAUUUUCAUGAGACGAACCAAACUUAGUGAGUUAAGUUCAUUAAAAGUUCGUCUGGCUCCUGUAAGUUCUUCUGAAUGAGUUUUGGUCGUCCAACACAGAACGUCUUAAUAUCGUCUGCGGGACAAACGUCGAUCUUCACAUGCGACGAACUAAACUAAGAAAUUAAAAAUUUGUAUAAUGUACUUUCAGCCUCAUUCGGGAGAAAAUGUAUUAAAAUUGCUUUUAGGUCUGGUUUAGUUGAUUGGUUCAACACGUCUUAAGUUCGACGCCUGACCCAACAGACGAUUUUAACAUUAAUGUAGGUCGACCCAAAUUAAAGUUUGGGUCGUCUCAUGAAAAGUUCGACUUUUGGCCUGCGCCAGAGGUGCUUUUCACGGUGCAAAUAGUUGGCUGACGGCAAAUCGUUUCCAAACAUGUUUAGCCGCUAAACUAGAGAACGAAAACUAAAGAGACCGUGUUUUCCAGGCUCCUCUUCUUCCCUGUUUCUCAAAUUAGAGACGAUUGGAAAGAAGAAGACAUCUUAAUUAGAUAUGAAUUGUUUUGUUCGCAGGACAUAUAUUUGUUGGACGAUCCGUUAAGCGCAGUAGAUGCCCAUGUAGGACUUCACAUUUUUAAGCACUGCAUUAAAGGAUCCCUCCGGAACAAAACCGUCCUGUUUGCCACACAUCAGUUGCAGGUAAUGCCGUGCUCUGUUUUGUUUGCUUAGUUGUUCUAUGUGAAAAACCUAUGAAUUUGUUGGUGAGGUGUUGCAGUCUUCGAUCUUGUUAAGUUCUGUCCGCCGCAACUCGCUAAAUAAACACAUUUUACACAUAAAAUUUAUGAACAAUAAACUGGUAAAUUACUUUUAUGGAGAUUGUUGAUUGAAAGUGUAUUGUAGCGCACAUGAAGUAUGUUUCUAGUUCCCAUUAUCCUUCACUUCGAACCAAGUGUUCUCGUAAUGGCGGUUCACGAAUAAACCCAUGUUGUUGUGUUCUACUCUUGUCGUGUUCCUCGUUCUCCACUCUAACAAAUCAACACAGUGGCAGCCUGGAGAUUUAGUUGAUGAAAUGACGGCUACAGAAACCGGACAGUCUAGACUUCCUCCCCAGCUAGAUGUGAAUUUGGGAAAUGUGUCCGAGAACUUCAAACGGUAGAACUUAGAACGGUAGUGAUAAUUAAUAGCCCCUUAUAACAAUAAAAACAAUAACAAAACUAGACAAGACUGCCUCGGAAGUGGGUGGGCGGGCAAAAUUUAAUCUCAAGGCUAAAACCCGAUAGUUGUAAUAAAGCUUGUGUAAAAGCUAUGACUGCUGGUUGUAUCGGACUAACUUGAUACACCCUGGAAAGUUGCGUAAGGCUAUCUGAUAGGCUAGUGUUAGUCUUAUGACUAUCACGGGACAUACUUUUCGUCUUAGUCACAACCUUGUGACCCUCAGGCACAUACCAUUGUACUAGUGUAAUAGCCUGGAUAGAAUGUAGCAAGUUGGCUCACCAGACCCGGCACCCUAUGUCCGUCGACAGGUAGCGGUCUAGACUUAUAUUAAUAAACAAGUUAUCAAUAUCCACGAAAUGUGUCCGAGAACUUCAAACGGUAGAAACGGCAAGUGGAAGUGUACUUAGCAGCUUCUGGACUUCAGAGAAGGACGAUAAAGUACAAACUGCUAUCAUUUUAAACUGUGCAGGCCCUCAUGUUCUCGAAGUGUACGAUACUUUUAUUUGGACAGAUGAUGGCGAUAAAGAUAAACCCGAUAGAGUUUUAGAAGCAUUGGAAAGAUACUGCAACCCGCGUGACAAUGAAGUCAUCGAAUCUCACAGAUUCUAAAACAUUCCAUACCAGGAACUGUUCGACAAAUUUCUCACGGAGCUAAAAACGAGAGCAGCCGCGUGCAAUGUUGUGGAAAAAGAUCGGAUGUUGAGAGACAAAAUAAUAUAUACUGUGACUGGAAAACUUCAAGAAUUACUCCUCAGGGAAGACAAUUUGACACUCGACAAAGCAGUAAAAAUUUGUGGAGUUAUCGAACAGUCAAAUAGACGAGGCAAAGAAUACAGAGAAAGUGGAACCCUCCCGAGUUCUUCUACAAGUGUGAACAAAAUAACUCAAAACUCUGAAACUAAAACGCCUGAUGGUAAGAAAGGUUCCCAAAUGAACAAAACCUCACACAAAGGGAGAGAAAAGUUAAAAUUAAACUGCAAAUUUUGUGGAUACAAACAUGAGAAACAAAGAGUCACAUGUCCUGCUUGGGGCAAGACAUUUGACAACUGCAAAGGUCUUAACCACUUCAAGUCUAAGUGCAAAAAUAUUCAUGCACUUAACCAAUCCAAUGAUAAUGAGGAAGAUUCUGAUGAUCAAUGGCUCAUGGCUGUAAGCAAUGGGACAGACAGUGUUACUGCCACACUUACUUUAAAUGAUAUUGAUGUCUACGGUGGGCCACAACUGUCACCACAGGCAGACCACCCUGUGUUAGUGGGGGCUGUUGUUGAUUGAAAUCUGAGGAACGAUCUUUUGUUAUUUAUAGAAGAAAUACAUAUGAACAACACGGUGGCUAUAAUUUGUUCCAAAAUGCAGAAUUUAAAGCAAAUUUUUCAAUAAAAGUUUGAAGAAAAUGUUAAGUGAGUCAUGUGUCAUGUUUUUUUCGCCGUCCCGUCCUGUUUUAAGCUCUACUUUGCGUGAUGAAUAUUUGACCUCGGCGGUUAGAACUGAAGAAGGAGACAAGGCAGGCAGCAAUCAGCCGCCGGCGCUUGACCCAGUCCAAUUUAAGCUGGAACUGACGCCAAACUAUUUAAUUUCUUACUUUGAAAAUACCGGCUCCCGAUCCACUAGAUACGUAUCCAUGCCCCAUCCGAAUGAGAGCUCAAUCCUUCCAAAAUUUCUCGAGAAAAGCGAUCCUGAAGUUGGAAGACCAGUUUCUCAGCAUGACCGGUGCAAACGUCUCAACCAAAGGCAUUUGAGGUAUGCGUGUCGAUUCAAAUCCACCAAUCAGCGUAUCGCGACCGUUGGCAGUUCAAAAUCAAAAACAAAUUGCUCACAUCAAAUACAAAUUACUCACAUCAAAUACAAAAUCCUGACAUCAAACACAAAUUGCUCACAUCAAAUACAAAUUACUCACUUACUUUAUGUAAACGGUUUUCUCUCUAUAUGAAGGUUUACCAAGGUUGGGCACUCCAGCGAAGCGGCUCGACUGAUCCACCGAAGGAAAACGGCCGUAAAUUCGCUCCAACUGCUCCAGUCGCCUCCAAAUUCUGCCUAGGUAACACACGAUAGUUCUCCUUUCCAUUCGUUAUCUUGCUUCAAGACGCCUUUGCACCAAGAGCGAAUCAAAGGUCGCAAAGUUCUGUAACCUUUCCUGUCUGAAGCCAUCGACUGAACCUCGGCUUGAACUCCGCGUUACCGUUGAAAGAUAGCGACACGGCCUGAGACUCAAAUUACUCACACCCGGGGUGGGAGGCAGUCUCUUGCUCCCGUUGACAUCAAUACCCAAGAAAGAAAACAACCGGAAAAAGAGACUGUAGAGAGAAAACCGUUUACAUAAAAACCCGUAAAACGGCCAUAAAUCGGCCCGUGGACCACACAGGAGAGACGUAACAAACAUUUUAAGUAAGCUGUUUUUUUAUUGAAAUCCUUUCAUUUUCGUAGGUUACAGAAACGAUAGGUUUUUUUUCCCAUACAAAUCCUUAUAUUUAGAAUGUUACGCAACAAUGCCGAUUCUCGCCGAUGCUCAUAUUUCGAUAUUGGGUCACCUGUGGUGUACUGAGCGAGCCCUCUGAUUUGAGUUACAAAGUGAACUCUUCGUAGACCUUACUUGGUCGUUCGCCACUAGUUUACAGCUUUAACUUAACUUUCCCGCAGUUGCUACAAAAGUUGCAAUUGUCGACAUUUCUUCCGCAGGUGCUGCAAAACAUCCCGACGACAAUACCAUGUGCCGGAACAAAAUGGCGGUCGGAUCAAGGCCGAGUGAAAACUGGACAUAAUUUUCGGUCUCCGACCGCUGACCGUUUAAUCUUAUUUUUUAAUGUCAGGAUUUUGUAUUUGAUGUGAGUAAUUUGUAUUUGAUGUGAGCAAUUUGUAUUUGAUGUGAGUAAUUUGUGUUUGAUGUCAGGAUUUUGUAUUUGAUGUGAGUAAUCUGUAUUUGAUGUGAGCAAUUUGUUUUUGAUGUGAGUAAUUUGUAUUUGAUGUCAGGAUUUUGUAUUUGAUGGGAGUAAUUUGUAUUUGAACUGACAGUUGUGGGCCACCGUAGAUGUCAGAUUCCAACUUGACACUGCAGCUGAUGUAAAUACCAUCUGUCAGAAACAUGUAAGACAACAGCAAGUGUCUCCUAUAACUGUUCGCCUUAACAUGUGGAAUAAAACUAACCUGAAACUUCUGGGAGAAACGCGCCUGAUCCUACAAAUCGUCGCACUAGUUUUGAAUCAGAAAUAAAGUUUAUCGUGGUCCCAAAUGGUUUCACAAACCUGUUAGGUCUGAACACUAUUCAGGAACUUGGUCUUAUAACCGUAAAUAAAGAAUGUUUCAUCUCACAAGUAUCAACCUCACAACUUGGUGAUCUGGGCGAAGCCACCCUCAGAAUUGAUGAAAGUGUUCCUCCCAAAGUACUGCCUUGUAGGAAAGUUGCUAUUGCCAAUCAAGACGCAGUUAAGGGAGAACUAGAUCGACUUGUAAACAAAGGCCUACUGGUUCCAGUGACCGAACCAACUGAAUGGGUCAGUCAAAUGGCGGUAGUACAUAAACCCAAUGGUAAAUUGCGCAUUUUUAUUUAUCCUCAACCCUUAAAUGCUGCACUCAAGCGUGAACAUUACUGAUUACCUGUGCUUGAUGAUGUGCUUCCAAAGCUUGAAGAUGCGAAGAUCUUUAGCAAACUAGAUGUAAAAGAAGCAUAUUGGCGUGUUCGACUUGAUGAAGCAUCCAGCAAACUCACCACAAUGAUUACACCUUUUGGUCGCUACAUGUGAAAGAGGCUACCCUUUGGUCUCGAAGUCUUAAGUGAAAUUUUCCAGCGCAAGAUUGAUGAAGCACUAGGUGAUCUCGAUGGUGUAUUCAAUAUAGUGGAUGAUGUAGUCAUUGUAGGGUGUGGCAACUCAGAUGUUAAAGCUCAGAGAGACAACCAGCAAAAACUAGCAGUGACAUUGAAAAGGUGUGCUGAGAAGAACUUUAUCCUAAAUGAGGAUAGGCAGCAAACUGGUCUGGAUGAGAUCAUAUUUCAUGGACACAGAAUGACGAAAGACGGUGUGAAAGUUGAUGAAGCUAAAGUGCAAGCUAUCCGAGACAUGCCAGCAACCACUGAUGUGGAAGGUGUGAAGCACCUAUGUGGCAUGGCUCAGUACAUGGCAAAGUUCUUACCCAACCUUGCAGCAACACUUGAACCAAUCCGUGCUCUAACUAGAAAGGAGACCCCAUUUGUAUGGUCGAAAGAAUGUGAAGAUGCAUGUUAGUAAAAGGAGAAGCAAUAAUAAUUCCAUCUGAACUGAGAGCAUCUAUCAAGAAAAGACUCCAUAGUGCACAUCUAGGCUGUGAAAGCAUGAGGCGUCGAGCUAGAGGCAUUGUUUUCUGGCCUGGCAUGGCCCAUCAUGUUAUUAAACAGCUAGCCGAUUCGUGUGAAACCUGCCAAGAAAUAAAGCCGCGAAACACUCAAGAACCAUUGAACCAACACAACGAAGGCGAUGGACCUUGGCAAAAGAUUGGUUUGGAUUUCUUUGAAAUCGCAGGAAAGCACUAGUUGAUUGUGGUGGACUAUUACUCUAAUUUCAUAUAGAUUGAUCUACUGACAAGCUAAACACGCACCCGUACCAUAAGUCUUCUUAAGAAACAUUUUGCGUGGUACGGCAUACCAAAAGUAAUCGUGUCAGAUGGAGGUUCUCAAUUUACCAGUCAAGAGUUUAACUCAUUCAUGACAAACUGGGUUAUUUCCCAUCAUACAUCAUCACCCAUGCAUCAACGUGCUAACGGCAAAGCAGAGUCCGCCGUAAAGAUUAUGAAAUCCUUGCUAAUCAAAACUUACAAGGAUGUUGACGAUCCCUAUGAGGCCAUACUCGAACAAAGAAACACCCCUCGUCAGGACACUGCCUUGAGCCCGACGCAAAUGAUAUUUAACCGCAAAACACGUAGUUUCUUAUCAAGCUUAAGCAGUAACCCAAAGAACACUCUCGUGAAAGGAAAACGUGAUGCGCGAAAACGCAGCGUGAAAACAUAUCACGAUCGGAAAUCACGCAAACGCUCAGUUAUUGAAAUUGGACAGUCAGUAUUCUACCGACACACAGAAGGUCAGAACUGGAAGUGGGGCAAAGUAACUGGAAUUUUAGGCCCUUAUACGUACCAAGAGGAAGGUGCCGAUGACGGCAAGUACAGAAGAAACCGUGUGCAUCUAAGACCCACCAAAGUAGUAAGAACUGCUCGCGAUGUGUCUUCUAUCGUUUUGUACUCCUGACCAAGUAUUAACUUCAGCCGUGCCUACAGUUCCUUAAACUCCAACCACUGGUGCUGAGGCCAAAGAAAGUCAUUCGCAUAGUGAGGCAACUACUCCUAUUAAGAGUCGCACCAGAAAGGCCUAAACGUGAAAGCAGAUUACCUAUUCGUUUUAAGGACUAUGUACCCAAGUAGAGACUGUUUCUGAUCAGUUGAACUGCUUUAUUUAGGAACUUUGCUUACUAAAGAUACUGUUUGAGUUCCUUGUUAUUGUUAUUUAAGUGGACAUCUUCAGUGAAAGAUUCGGCAUUCAUAUUUAGUUACCAAGAAACUCCAUUGUUAUUUUUCUAAAGAAGAAGGGACGUUGAUUGAUAGUAUAUUGUAGCGCACAUGAAGUAUGUUUCUAGUUCCCAUGAUCCUCCACUUCGAACCAUGUGCUCUUGUAAUGGCGGUUCACGAAUAAACCCAUGUUGUUGUGUUCUACUGUUGUCGUGUUCCUCGUUCUCUACUCUAACAAAUCAACAGAGAUUAAAAAUGUUCUCCUUUUUACAAAACUGCUGGAUUUUUCUCCACAGUACCUUAGCCAAUGUGACAUUGUGUUGUACAUGAAAAAUGGCAAGAUUGCUGAGAGAGGAACUUAUGAAGAACUCAUAAGGAACAAUGGGGUAACAAACUAUAACAAAAUAACUGAUUCGUCAUGAUAACACAGCAUGAGGCACGGUCCCCGAGUGGUGACUUCGUUGACAUCUAGGUUUGGACUAGAGUCCCGCUCGAUAGUACCGAGUUCAACUUCUCGGCCACACCUGCGCAACUGUAAAUAACCAAAUGGUUUGGCUCCUUUCAGUUAUGGUGAUCUUUGAUUUGGAUCUUUUGUGUGUGAUUUUCUCGAGAAGCUAGUGCCUGCAAACAAGAUGAAGCAACUAGACUGCCUUCUUGUGCGCACAAAGCAUCUGAAUUAGCAUUUGUAGACUUUAUCGGCCGUUUUCAAACUAGAGAAGGAUAAUCCAUCUUCAAAGUCCGUAUAAAUUGAUAGAAAAACAGAUGGAUAAAGUCAGGCGGAUUGUCUAUCCAAAAUGAAGACCGUUCCAUUCUCAAAUUAAAUAACAAUUAUUCACCGAAGUGGAGGUGGCUGGUCGUGGAAUUUUACCAAGCUGCGAAGGAGCGAAGUAAAUAUCACCACUAGCCACCGACACUGUGGUAAAUAAUUGUUUUAGUAUAUACUAAAACAGUGAGAUAAUUGAGCACAAAAAUGAUGAUUUUUAACUCAAAUACUGUUGCCAACGAUUACAAUUUUGGCGUGUAAUGACCGAACGGCCGCAGCCGUCGCUUUUUCUUGCCGACAAAUAAAACUUUUGAAGGCAUUUGUUUAGCUCUUGCGGGGAAAUUUCUUCAAGAGGAGUUGUGAAUUCUUUUUGUAUUUAAAAUCAUUCUGUAAAAAAGGAUUAUUAAAUUUAGGUUUAAGUUUAUUUAUCCAAAUAAAGUAACGUAAGACUUAAGCUUAAUUUGCAUUUGUAAACAAAAAACUUUUUCACCAGUGUUAUCGAUAAAUUCGAGUAAAAAAGACAAAGCUUUACCUCGUAACUUCGUCACCUUCUUCGUGUAUUUCGGGAUCAGCUUGCUUGACUAGUUGUGAAAUUUCUUUGUUUGUUACGGCAGCAAAUCGGGAAGGCAUUUUGCUCGCAACUUACGCGAGUUUGGCGUCGCUCGUUUGGAGGAACAGGAGGUGAAUCAGUGAAUAGUGCAGGAUAUUCACUGAUUGAGUAGCCAAUCAGAGCGCGCGAAAAACACUAUCCACUGUUUUAGAAUACAGUUAUUUCGAGAAGGGUUGUCGUAAAAGGUGCACGCGACAGUCCCCAAAGGCAUUGUGGGUGGUUUUAAGUUCACUGUUCUCUAAAGAAAUUUGAAAGAAUUGGUACGAAAGGCCGUGGAAAUGUGUUUGCGAGUGCUAAAGAAAAGCAACAAAAGUAGGUUCGACAGGUACAGUCGUCAGAAACAGUGUAUUAAUCAUAUCCCAUAUUACCUUUCGGGACUGUCCCGUGCACAUUUUUCCUACAACCUUUCUCGAAAUAGCUGUAUACUAAGACGUAUUAUCUGUCUGACGCGAAUUAUAAAACGGAUAACCCGUCUCAGGAUAGUCCGUCUCUAGUGUGAAUACGGCCAUUAGUACUAUACUAGAAGGGAGAAAAAAGAAGGCCUGACUUAUAAUAGCCUUGCUGUGAAGUAAUUCGUUUUGAAUUCACUUUUCAAACGAUAGCUCAUCAGCAAAACGUUUCUAUGGCACUGUUAUCCAAUUCUAUUGUAGGAGUUUGCCACUCUUAUUGGCAUGUUUAUAAGGGAAGUCGAAGAAGAGUUGUUUGAUGAAGACAUUGGUGAGUUUCUUCAUUGUGGCGACCGUCAGCGAGGCGACGUAGCUCUGUCCUCGUUAUCAGCAGAUGACAUAACUAAACUGUUUGAGCGGCAGAUCUCGGCUAGUAGCAGGGGUAGGGGAUUACGUAGCAGUUCGAGUGAAGGAAAUCUUGAACCGUUUAAACUGAAUGACAGAGUGAGCAGUAGACGCCUUCGUGCCACCUCAAAGCAGAGACGAUUGUCCGGUGGCAUUGAAUCUAAAGCCAGGAAAGAGGAAGAAGAGAAAAAGAAGAAGGAAGGUGGGUUGACUGAGAUAACUUUGCACUUGGACACACGUAGGUUAAUUUUAGGCGAUUUCAUCGUACAUUUAGCUGCUUUCCUUAACCGGCCAUACUUUUUUGGCCCUUUUAUUUUUCUCACUUAUUUACCCGAGUCUUUUGGAAAACCGUGUUUCGUUUUGAAAUGUCCUAGAACGUCUGUCCUCGGGCACGGGCAGACACAGAAAAAUAUCACUGUAUAUAAACAUGUAUUUUUCUUUUCGACUACAUAAAACUAACCACACCCUUUGGAAGAAAGGGAGGUGUUCAAACGUCCGUGCGCUGCAAUUUGCGCCAGAAUGGUACUGUCAAAUCUCCUUUCCGAGACUACUUUGUAAACUGAAUUUUUCUAACUAUUUUUCCAGAGACGACUGUCAUGAAGGUAAGAAUAAGUAUAUAGAGGGUUGGGUGACUGUUGGGGCGGUCAGCUUGUUUCGUCUUUAUAUUGAACCUUGCAUGUUUGCAGCUGGGAGACUGACUCAGGCGGAAGACCGUGCAGAGGGAGCAGUGACAUUUCAGACUUAUAAAACUUACAUGAAGUCAGGGGGAGGUAAGUGAAAGAACUUCAAACUAAAAGACACGUAUUCUGCAUAAUAAGGACUUUAAGCAAUGACUACGGGAGCGUCUAGUGCGGUAACCGGAAGUACUUUUUUCUCGCCAGGGGUCAAAUAUGCCUCAAGGAGGGGGUUAAAGAUACCACGACUAGAUUAGCGGGGAAAACAACGCUUAAAAAGUGAAUUAAGUGAAUUUACACUUUCUGAGUCUUCAUCGUGAUCAUUCCAUUUCAUUUGCUUUCCAAGUGUACGCGAACUCUCCUGAAGCUAAAGUCGUGCAGUAACCAGUGGCGGCAAAGAAAUGUACAAAAUAGGAGUGUGAUACAAAUUGUACAAACAUUUUCAAGUUUUCCUUGUGUUUUACCAGCCCUCGGUUAUUCACACCACUUACUGAAGUGUAUCCUCUUAACUAUCUAUCAUAUUUUGUUAUUUUUUGUAUUUAGUAUCCUGUAUGGCUGUAUUUUUCACGAAUUUGAUGUCGUGCCUGACACCAAACUUGAGGAUCAUAAUCGUAAAUUAAGCCUUCAGAAGUUGCCAAGGGAAACAAAAAAAUUAUAAAAUGCGUAUAAUUCUGUUUGAAACACUGUGGCACUUAGCAUAAAAAAUGCAACUAAAUGCUUAUGUACUUCACAGUACGGCUCACCGUGAUCUCUUCAGCUGGAUCGACUACGUUUAAUUGGCAAAGAACUCAUUCUCGUAAGCGACCAGCUCUAGUUACGAUCACUUUUUGGAAUUUUCGAGGUUGUCGCUUACGAGAGCUUCGACUGUUCAGUGGCAUUUCAGUACCUCUUGUAAUGGCAAUCGGGUGUGUUAUAACCAGUGAAAUAGCCGCCUUGAGAGAGACAAGGCAACUUAACUCCAUGUUUUCAGGCGUUAAUGCUGAUUCAUAGGGGACUUGGUGUGAGGAGAGUAUCCCCACAUACGAAGCAAAAUUAAAUGUACAUCAUAACUAUUUUGUAGUACUUGUAAAAGUCAUUGCGUUGUAAAGUUCCUAUUGCCCUCGUCUUUGAAUUCAAAUUCAAAAUAACAAAUUGGCUAUAGCCAAGUGAUCCCCUAUAACAAGAACCUUCCGGUGUUUUAUUUUGCAGGUUACUGUGUCUAUCUGUUCUUAAUCUUGUUCACUGCUCUCUGCCUAUGUGGAAUGACCUUCAUUGAUACGUGGCUUGGGAUCUGGUUAAACGCUGCUGCUUCUCAGGUGAAACAACUCAUUCCUCAAUUUUUCUGAUAUGUCGCCCCCUUAAAUAAAAUUUAAUGUUACGGCUGGCAACCUAACUUACGUUCAACUAAUAUAUUGGUGGCGAGGCUUGUUUCCCCGUUGUGUAGAAAAUUAAAUCAAUCGAGCUGUUUGUUCCACGCGUGGAGUCGACCAUGGUUAUGAUUCCGUACAUUUCAUUUUCACGAGAUCGUAACGCUCUCAGUUUCUUUUUAUGACCCCAACUCUGUCGCCAGAGAAAAAUAUAAACUUAUCCCCAUCCAAACGAAUCCAGUCAGGCUGAACCCGCGUACAAAGUUUCAAUCGCCUACACGAAUUCGCAAAUCCGUCGUAUCCAAAAGAAGUGAGCGGGUUUCCUAGUUUCGUGUGCACCGAAGGCCGAUUCGUGUAAAAAAAUACCCGGAUUCGUUUGGAAAUGGCUUUAGGCUGCGUCCACUCGAAUCCGGAUAUUUUGGAAACCGCAUAGUUUUUUUACAUGAAACCAGUGAAUCCGCACACCGAUACCGAACCUUUUUCACGCUAUUCUCCAGAGUGGUUUAAGACCCCGCCCACACGAAUCCGAGUAAGAAAAUAUGCUGUUUCUAAAAUGUUCGAAUUCGUGUGGACGUGGCCUUAAAUCUUAAGCGGGAUUCAUUAACAACAUACGCGUAUAGCUGUCGCGUUUGUCCGUUGGAAUUUGUUAUUGUUCUUUGGCUUAAAAAAAUGAACACAUUUAUUCUAGCGGGCUAAUGUGUCGGCCAUACGUGCAUGUUGCAAAUGAAUCAACCCUUAGGCCCCGUCCACACGAAUAUUUUCGAAGCCGCAUACUUUUUUAUACGAAUCUGCCCUCCGUCCACACGAAGCCAGUGAAUCUGCACACCGAUACCGCAUAUUUUUGAAACCGCUCUCCAGAGUGGAUGUUUUUGGAUCCGACGGGUUUGGUGAAUUCCUGUGAACGAGUAAGGCCACUUCCACACGAAUUUGUAUACGCUGAAACCGUCAGUCUACUUGUUAUUUGCGUCAACACUGUAUCCGGUUUCAAUCGUCUAUUCGGAUACGUUUGUGACAGAAAAAUUCUUUAGGGGGUGGUUUCAAAACGAAGUCCAUUCAACGGUUUCUUGUAGACGGAAGACCGAUUCGCUCGUGGACGGGGCUUCAGAUACAUCAUAGUUAAGAUCCAUGUUGACAUUUAAUUUUGCUUCCUUUUUUCACAGAAUUUAACAACGCCUGAAAGGUCUGGCAUCAUGGCUAACAAUUCUUCAAACAGCUUUUAUAUUUUUAUAUAUGUUGUAUCAUCCUUGGCGUUCUUCAUAGCCGUGUUGAUGAAAACUUACUUUUUUGUGCAUUUGACUCUGAAAUCAUCCUCUCAACUUCAUGACAAAGUGUUUGAGCGAGUUUCCAGGGCCAGCAUGGCUUUUUUCGAUACCACUCCAACCGGAAGGAUACUCAACCGAUUUUCUAAAGAUCUGGACGAGAUUGAUAUCCAAUUGCCUUUUAACUUAGAAGCGUCUGCACAAAAUGUCAUACGUAUAUUAAUUUCCGUGGCUGUAAUCGCUGUUGUAUUCCCGUGGUUCUUAAUUGGUUUGUUUCCUCUUUUUAUUUUGUUUCUAUUAAUAACUCGAGUAUUUAACCGGUCGGUUCGUCAGCUAAAACGCAUGGAUGGUGUCACUCGCUCGCCUCUCUACUCCCAUUUAUCAGCAACGGUACAAGGUCUUUCUACUCUGCACGCAUACAACAAGAUGGCCGACUUCAAUGAAGUUUUCAAAAAAUACCUGGACUUAAACACUCGCCCUUUUUUCAUGUUCUACUGUUCAAAUCGUUGGUUGGCUGUGCGCCUUGAUAUGCUGACUGUGUGUAUAGUUACCCUUGCGGCUUUCAUGGUAGUACUCAUCAAGGGAACCCUCCCUCCAGCUUUCCUUGGUCUUGUGUUGACGUAUUCUCUGAAGGUAAGAUUCUGCCUUUUCAAAACCAAUACUAUGUUAACACGAGUCCGUUUAAGUUUGCAAACACGUACAAACUUAGUCGGUAGUCUUACCCAUACCCAUAUCAUAUGUUUAUUAAGUCUUCACAAGCGAAUAAUGGCAAACGUUUAUAUAGACCUUUUUUUCGUAUUCUGCUCCAGUGAGCUCACGCAGGGGAAACGAGGUCGAGGCUUCGGUGGACAAUUUCAUUGAACUCACUGUUGUUUGUGACCCCAGGCCUCCAGUUGGUUGCUUUGUUUACAGAAAUGCAGGAACGGUCUAUUGUCAUUAACGCUCAGUGGGUGAGUUCGAAAACAGGAGAAAAAUUCGUUCUUGUGAUGACGAAAGCCAUGGAUGCAUGCCCAUUCGGGCUCGAGGAAUAUUUGUUAAAUAGUACUUAGCUGAACCGUUAGCCAUUUGUUUAAAUGAGCUUCAAGGUUCUAGCAAAAUAGCAACCAAACUCUGAUGACUGGCACGAAGAGAACAGUGGGCUGUGUUUCCCCAAGAUCCUCAUCCUCAUUGAGCUAUUUUUUCAAAAUAGCUCAUAUGUCAGUGGUCUAAGCGUAUGUAUCUUUGUAGCUUUUUGGUUUGUCCGUUCGGAUGUGUGUUGCAGGGGCCAAUAAGGUUGAAGGUACGAUGAGUUGAUUGCUAGGAACCAAUGAGAUUUUGCGUCUAAACAUUGCUGCGCUAAAGGUCAAGCAAGGGCACUUUGAGACUGCAAUUUUGGUUCUUCUUAAUUUUGUUUUCUUCUAUUACGGCUAAAGGCGUUCAGAAGCAUAAUAUUUAAAUAUCUUCAUGAUUCAAACGGUGAGUUCAGUGAUGCAGCUGUUUAAGGGUUCAUAUUUUAGUGUGGCUGCUAUUUUAAGACAUCGACGACCUAAUUCGGCUAUUUCGGCAAUUCGAACGGCACAAUGUACGUGUUUUUUUCACCUGCUUUAAAGUGAAGUACAAAAAAUCAUAGUCUUCAAAGUAUUUAGAUGUUGACUUUAACUUGGAAGUAUGCGUAAUUGUGUUUUCAGAAGCUUGAACAAGACCUGUUUUUUUUUUUUUUAAGCUGUACUGAGUAAAUAUAAUUCUGUAAACAUGCUUUUUUCUCUCUUGUACAAAGUUCAGUCAACAGAGCUUUAAAUUCACGUUCCGGUAACUUAAGUACAACCAUACUUGUACUUGUACUUGACAGCAAACAUUCAUGUUUGCUGUCAACCAUACUUGUACUUGACAGCAAACAUUCAUGUUUGCUGUCAUGAAAGUAAUUAGAACAUAGUAUUUAAUUUACCCAGAAGCUAAGUAAAGAUGCGUAACUUUUGCGUUAGCCAAUAAACUUGGAAGUAGCCAGUUGACGAAAUAAUUAGAGAUUGUUUCAUUGAGUGGAACAACAUGAGAUGAGUGGAAAUCAGUAUUUCAGCAGACAAUCAUUCUGUUAGAAGUAAAGUAAUGAAUGAUGCAUAAUUUUGUUGCAGAUGUUAGAAAAGGAGGUGAUUUGUUAAAAUCGUUUGAGCUAAGUAAUCUCGUAAACAAUAUGCGUUCUUUCACAUACAAAUUUUAAAAGGGGCAAAGUCAAUAUCUUCACGCGCUGAUUGUGCGUAUGAGUUAUUUUUAUAAUCCUCUUUACUAGAUAACUGUGUGAUAACUCCAAUUCCCUCACGUACGAACCACGAAAGGGGGCAAAGUCCAACACUUUCACUUGCCAGCUGUGUGACUGUGCAUCUCAUGCAGAUUGGUUUUUCACAGUAAUACUAGUAACUUGAACGUAUCAAGACCUGUUUCGUUUUGUAACCAAUGUCUUAAAAAAGGCUCUUGUCUUUUAAGAAGCAAUAGCUUUUGAAACAGGAAGAAUUAAGUUGUCAGAGUUAAAGACUGUUUCACUGAGUAGAAUCGCACGUGAAAACCUCGUGAAUUACGAUGAUGCAACCUUCUACCACAAUGAUAAAAAUCCCGGUAUUUCGCAAUUAGUCGGUAUUCUAUGAGCCACAUUUUCCUAAGAAACUCCUAGGAAACCGUGGAGUUUUCCUUCUAAUCAACGUUUGAUGAGUUGAUAUUUCUUGAACUUUAACAAUUUGUUUAACUUGCACCAGAUGUAUCAGGGAAAGACAGAAGAAAGUGAAUAUAUAGCGUGAGGAUCGACUCAGCUGAGCGUUUCGCAUUUUCAUUUAUGACCAUUUAUCUAUCGCAAUACCCAAUUUCGCUUUAAAACACAGUCUACUUUAGGAUAAAAAAGGUAGAUUCAUCACUCUUGGUAAGCUUACCCUGACGCAUAAAGGUUGCACUAAAGCAUCCAAAAUAGCUCAUGCACGUUAAACGUGCCUAUGUUUUUAUCACAGACACUAAGAUUUACCCGGUGAAACGUUUGGUAAAAUGACUUUGAAGAAUAGAAUUCUCCAGGAAAAAAACUAGGUAGCUUGAAGAGUCGUUUCAUUUUCCCUGGGUAAAUCUGUCAGUGACAAGUAAAGUUUUGAACACUAAGAUCUCUAAGAUGGUAAAUGAAAUCUUGGAAACAAAACGCCUUGAAAAUUUGUAUCUUAACCUUUGUCAAUAAUCAAUUAACUUUCUUUUAUUACGUUCAUCAAGUACGUUGUUUUUGUGUACAGAUGACCAUGCUGCUACAGUUUACUGUCCGUCAGGUGGCAGAAACAGAGGCGCGGUUCACAAGUGUUGAACGAAUUAGUUAUUACAUCCAGUCUGUGCCAAGCGAGGCUGCGUUAGAGAUUCCAGAAAAAAAACCUCCCUCAAACUGGCCCUCAACCGGAGCAAUUCAGCUGUCAGGGAUCAAGGUAAUACUCAUUUGUAUGCAAUUCUUAAGCACUCCAGUUACGCGGAAAAAGUUUACCAGGCAGGAUUACAAAUUAUAUAGUUGAGGCUCUCGUAAGCGACCACCUCAAAAAUUCGAAAAAGUGGCCGUAACUAGAGCAAGUCACUUACAAGAAUGAGUUAUCGUAAGCGACCGCAUACAGUAAAACAAUAGAGGUGGUCGCUUACUGGGCUUCAGAAACUCGUUAAUAAUUCAUAAUGAAAAAGCAAGAGAAAAAAAUACCUUUCUAGUAUUCAAGAGUUAACCAUCGCUUAGGCAGUGACGUCAUAUUAAUCAAAAUUGCGGCUCGGGGGAACUUUGAUUAAACUUUUAAACUUUGUAAAAAAAACUGUGUGUUGUGCUAAACAGAUGCGAUAUCGCGAUGGGCUGCCUCUGGUGCUUCAUAAUGUCAGUUGUGAAAUCAAAGGAUGUGAAAAGAUAGGAAUCGUAGGAAGGACAGGUUCUGGCAAAUCAUCUUUAGGUGUGUUGCUAUGGCGACUUGUGGAGCCUGAGGCUGGAUCCAUGUAUAUUGAUAAUGUGGAUAUCACCCAAAUUGGUAUGUAAAUGAGUUGUGGUUCUAUUUUAUUCGUGCUUUAAACUUAGUUUCUUUUUGGGGGGUGGUUACGUACCUUUCAAAGUUUGAUGCAAACAAAUGUAUUUUAAAGCAAUGAUAAAAUUGAACUACAGCAAACGCUGCUUGUACUCCUUAAGUACCCCUCUUGGUCUAGUCGUAACGAGAAUUUUAUUAUUAGUCAGGACUGUCCAGACAGAUUAGUCGAUUCCUAAUAGUCCAGUCAAUGUAGGCAUUUUUGAGGCUGAACAUCAAACCAACUGUAACAGAAUUGUUUUCAACGCCAUUUAAGCGAGAGUUGCUUAUCUAGCAACAUACUAAAAAUCCGCCAAAAUUAAGCGUUAAGCAUUUUGAGCUUUUAACGCAGGACACCCACGUUAUUUAAAAUUAUACGUUCAAAAGAAAAAUGCACAAGACUUAUUUGUUACUCUAGCGAAAACUUAAAGAAAAAAGAAUAACUACUUCCAAGUUUUCGGUGAAAAAAGAAGUGUUUUUUUAAGGAUAACUACUAAGGUGACUCGACGCAGUUCUUUUGGGGGGGUACCAUCCUACUUUGAAGCUCUCUGGUAUCCCCAUCUUUACUUUUAUCGUAAGUCUAACACAUAGAAUGGAUAACAUAUAGAUCAACCUACAAUAUAACAUAAAAUUUUUGGCGAUCGGAGUAAAUGUCACGUGGUUAUAAUGCCACGCCCGUUUGACAUCUGAGUCGAAAAUCUGCUGUAGCCGGCAUUUUUUCGUGAAAAUCUCUCGGCUACACAUAGUGCGCAUUAGUGCCUUGCGCUGAACAGAGUUUCACCAAAAUCGCAAAGACCCAAUUCGAGAAAUUCAGCGGUUUCCAAAUUUAGGUCAUAAUUUAUGCGAAAAUGAUAAGCAAACUUUACACGAUUAUAUCUAAUAAACUAUGAGACUUAUCCCUUCAUUUUGGGGAUCGUUAUAACAGAUGGGUCCUCGCAAGUCAGUAAAACGCUUUAGGGCCUUGUAAAUGCGCGCGAUUUCGAGCAAAGCAAACAUAGAAAUUAUAGUUUUAGCUAUUUGUUGAUGUUUCUCAGCGUUUUAGAGUCCUUCUCACGAAAAUAGCAUUUUCUUAAAAAUUCGUACUUUUUUUUCCUUCAAAUUUUUUCAGGGCCACAAUUGAUUAACUAACUACCCGGACUCUGAAUUUCAUGGUCAUUGAAAAACCGUGACAUUAUCUUCUAUAAGCCCAAACUUGAGUAAACAUUGAAGAUUUUUAGCGUUUUGGCUGAGUUUGUGCUUUGGGAGUUGUCUGUUGUUUCUAGUCUGUCAUUAUACAGCAUUCUUGUUCAGCACGCGUGCAAUGACCACGCUUGGCUGACUUCCGAAUGCUCACCGAGAUAUGAUAAUCACGCCAUCGCGUGAUACAUAGAGGUUUAACUCACAAUUUUUAAUCAAUUCUCGUGCUUCUUGUGCCUUUGCAAAAAAAUGAAGAAGUGCUACACACUAAAUCUACUUACUAUUAAAGAAAUAUCAUUUUUUCAUAAGUUUAAUGCAAGCCAAUAAUUAAACCAACUCGUGACGGAAAUCCCUUCUAUUUUCUCAUACUAAAUUAUCAUAUCUCGGUGAGCAUUCGGAAGUCAGCCAAGCGUGGUCAUUGCACGCGUGCUGAACAAGAAUGCUGCAUAAUGACAGACUAGAAACAAUAGACAACUCCCAAAGCACAAACUCAGCCAAAACGCUAAAAAUCUUCAAUGUUUACUCAAGUUUGGGCUUAUAGAAGAUAAUGUCACGGUUUUUCAAUGACCAUGAAAUUCAGAGUCCGGGUAGUUAGUUAAUCAACUGUGGGCCUGAAAAAAUUUGAAGGAAAAAAAACUACGAAUUUUUAAGAAAAUGCUUUUUUCGUGAGAAGGACUCUUAAACGCUGACAAACGUCAACAAAUAGCUAAAACUAUAAUUUCUAUAUGUUUGCUUUGCUCGAAAUCGCGCGCAUUUACAAGGCCCUAACGCUUUUUGCUGACUUGCAAGGACCCAUCUGUUAUAACGAUCCCCAAAAUAAAGGGAUAAGUCUCAUAGUUUAUUAGAUAUAAUCGUGUAAAGUUUGCUUAUCAUUUUCGCGUAAAUUAUGACCUAAAUUUGGAAACCGCUGAAUUUCUCGAAUUGGGUCUUUGCGAGUUUGGUGAAACUCUGUUCAGCGCAAGGCACUAAUGCGCACUAUGUGUAGCCGAGAGAUUUUCACGAAAAAAUGCCGGCAACAGCAGAUUUUCGACUCAGAUCCCAAAGGGGCGUGGCAUUAUAACCACGUGACAUUUACUCCGAUCGCCAAAAAUUUUAUGUUAUAUUGUAGAUUGAUGUAUAUGUUAUCCAUUCUAUGUGUUAGACUUACGAUAAAAGUAAAGAUGGGGAUACCAGAGAGCUUCAAAGUAGGAUCGUACCCUUCCCCCCAAAAAAAAAAAACUGGUUCGAGUCACCUUGAACACGGCUGGCUAUUGCACAUGAAAGCCAUGCUCUACUCAAGACACCCUAAAAAUAACAAGGGGCUUACAAAGUAAUAGAGUGAACUGUUGGCUGUAAAAUAACAACAAAUUUAGUCGUAAGGUUUUUAAUCUAAAAAAUGGAAGCCGUUACUUAAUUAUUAGCUUUUAAAAUAUAUCCUUUCUUAUCAGAUUUCGGUUAGCCAUAACGGUAAGAGAAAAUGUAUAUCUAGCUGGAUUUUCCAAUAAUGUUACAGCCCUCCAACAGUUUUUUGUUUUAAAGACGUGAUGUCCAGUACAUAAGCAUGUAUGCCCAUACUUUCGCGCCUUUAUUGGCCACUGCAAUUAUUUUCAGACGUACAGGAUCCUGUGAACGUUAUAGAAAAAGAGAUCUUUACUUUCUGAUGGACAAAAAAAUUGGUGAAGGUUCAGGGCAGUUCUCACAAAAGAAAUGCAAGGAGGAAAUAUAAACGUCUUGAGGCCACAGAGCGAUUAAUCUCAUUAUUCAUCUUACCAAUAACGGUAGGGCUGCCGCAGAAACUACAAACUGAACACACGGAUACAUUAAACUAAAUCUGAGACUCGCUACAAGAAGACAAAAAAGAACAAUGAGAAUGCGCUAGGUUUUCUGGAUUUCCCUUGCAACAGAGUCGGCUAGAUGCAAUGAUAAGCGCAGAGCGUCAGGAUCUACCAAAAAUCAAAUAGACAGAGUUCGAAGCAGCAUAUUUAUUCACUCAUAUUGUAAGGUACAGAGUCGCAAGAAAAAAAAGCAUCCCAGUUUUCGAUCACACAUAUUUUGCCCAAGGUUUUAAACAUAACUACUUCACAAAACUCUAUUACAGAAGCAGAAAUAUGGUAAACGGUUUGUACUCAUCCAAAGCAAUCGUUGCGCACAUUUAGUCGCAGUAGCCUGCAGCUUGGAUGCAAAUUUAGUACAUGUAGCUGACUGAUUGUGAACAGUUAGAUUUGAUAUUUGAAUUACCAGCACUUAAGACUUCUAAAAUACAUACUGCAUUUCUGCUGGUGAGAAAAAACUAUCAUUAUGUUUUAAUCAAGUUAAUACAGAUUUUCUAAUUAUUUCCGUUUCAAAUACCACCAUAAAAAAAUCAAGCUUGGAAAACAGAAUGUGAUGACAGACGCCCGGCGGGGUAACCUGUGCAAAGCCGCCAAGACGAAGCACUGACCCAGGUGUUUCUAUAUUAGUUGGCGUUUUUUAAAACAAAUCUACCCAAAAUACAUUAGCAAUGAUGUAUCUACGAUUCUUAAGGGAAAAAAACAUGAUUAUCUGGUCUUUUGUCUGAAUUUGUGAUUUUGCUGAAACUGGAUUUGCUGUGAUGAUAGUUGAAAAUCUUUGUUGCCAAUUUUUCUUUCAUGUUCGACCGAACGGAUUUUGGCGGAUUUUUAGUAUGUUGUUAGGUAGCCGUUUAACAAUUAAAUGGCGUUGAAAAACAUUCUGUUGCAAUUAGUUUAAUGUUACGCCACAAUUUGACUGGAUUAUAAGUAGUAUACACGGUAGUGAGAGAUUUUUAGCAAAAACGCCCGAGGAAAAAUGGUCGGUCGGCUAGUUCUGAAUUUUUCAAAGCGGGAAAAUUAUUCCGCUAGUAAGCUCCCCCGAAUGUAAUCCCGCUCAAAAGACCUUGCGAAACUGUAUAAGCCUACGGAUUUAGGCCUUCUUUAACUCGUCACGAAACGGUCCACUUAUCCCGUUGUGGAGGAUUGCGUGACGAACCAAAAGAACACAUGCGUAUGAGGCGAGAUAAACAUAUCAUGUGAAGUUCCUGGUGCCUUGGCGAAUUGGAUUCAGUCAGUAAGAAAACUUUUGCAAAGAUUUCUUCCUGUUGUUUGUACAUGUCUUAUUGCAGGUUUGGAAGAUCUUCGAUCCAGAAUUUCAAUCAUUCCUCAGGACCCAGUCCUUUUUGUCGGAACUGUAAGGUAACAGUUCAUUUGUGUCUAUAGGUCUGUCUAACGGGUGGCAACAUGCAACUUGUUUUGCAAUAUUGCUGCAAUACGAGUUGAAAAGCGAUGUUGGUCGUUUAGCCUUCACGUUCAAACCUGUCUUGUAACAAAUCUGGUUUUUGCAGGUUGGGAAAAGUCGUUACAGAAAGCAGAGAGUAGUUUUACUUUUUGGAGUAAAAUCUGUACAUGUUGCGUGUUUUACCGGCCCAAGGCAAACUUGUUUUGCAGAAAGUGACGUCACCCCUGUGUAUUGCGUUAGUACCGCGUAUUUUAUCUAAUGAGAAGUAAGCGUUCACGCAACUUGCUGCAACAUGUUGCAAGACAGGUUUGAAAGUAAAACGUACAACGUUACUUUUAAAAUUGUUUGUUAGCAAUGUUUGGACACAAGUUGCACGUUUUACCGUGUGUAAAUAUCUGAACCUAAUUCAGCAAUAUUUCAUGACACCCGGUUUCUUUGUAAGUGUUUGUUAAAGCCCCGUCCACACGAAUACGGAUUUAAACCGCCUAAAUGUUUGUCAAAUAGGCCUUCUGUCCACUCGAAACCAGUGAAUCUGCUCACCGAAACGACAUCUGUUAAAACCGCUUUCCAGGGUGGAUUUUUUUUGGAUCCGCCUGGUUUGGCGCAUUCGUGUAGACGACUGCAACCGUCAUAAACUCGGGUCCAGGUUCAAAUAAGAAAUUGCAAAUUUAAAAUAGAGGACAACAAACCUCCUGUUUACUUGGAUAAUGUUCUUUGAACAGUUUCAGUAUAUCAGAAUAUAUGGAAGGAAGCGAUUGCCAUGCGACGUUUUCCACUUGACAUUCGUGCUUGAGACACGUAUGAAAUGUUGGCUAAAAGCGCUGAAACUAGGAAGGAUAUACGGCCAGUGAAAUCGCAUCGCGGGUCCGAAUGCCUGCUAGCUAGGAGGUAGGCAGUGUACACCGCAGUAGCCUAUUCAUGUGGAUGUGUGAAUCCAAAGUGGAUAGUACGCGAUUUCAACAUAUCCGUAUUCGUGUAUAUUUCACCCUUUGUUAAUACAUGUCACCGUUCUUUUGUCAGGUAUAACUUAGACCCAUUUAAACAGCACAGUGACAAAGAACUAUGGAAGGCACUAGAGAAAGCACAUCUGAGGGAGAUGGUAGGAGUACACUUACUGCAGUUGUGAUUUGAGAACUUGUCACGCUGUUGAAAGUAUCUUAUUCUUACUAUCCUUGCCAAAAUUUCCGUCUUUAACUGUGCUAACAUUGUGGGCGAUCCCUUUUGAAUUUUUCUGUCUACAACUGAUGUAGGGCUUAACAGUGCUGAGAACAGCUGCUGAAUUGCAUGCAUUUUAGGCAGUAACUACAUUUGGUUGUUUGCAAGUGCAGUAUUGUAGUCGCAGCCUUUACUUGGCGCCCGUUUCUAAUCAAGCGUCUUUCUUUCUACCACUGUGUUUGCAACUGAAACCAGCGAAGUGAUACUGAACAUUAACAAUGAACAAAUACCAAGUUAAUAUAUAAAAAGUUACAAAACUGUAAAGCGAAUGAAGCAAAGGAGAUGCUCUCAAUGGGGCGAUUUCCUAGACAAACACGCGGAUGAGCAAAAAGCUCAGAAACUUAAGGUGUUUCGAUACAGUUUUUCAGAGGCCAUACCGAUAUUUUUUAAUCGCCUUAAAAGUGGUCUUUUCCUUGUCCGAUCGCUAUAAAAUUUUCACCAAUGAUUGUGUAUAAAUUGAAAUUUGUCAAAAUGCAGGUUUUAGUAAAAUCGAUAUUAGUAUGACAAUAAUAAACAAAGAAUUUGAAAUUGAUAAACGUCUAAUUUUGCGCGAUCUAGACCAGCUACUGAAAAUCCAACACUAGGAACGUAAAGUUUGAUGUUUAGCAAAUAACCGCCGUAAGAAGUAAAAAAUUCUGUAUGUUUGAAUUCGACUUAACGUCAUUUGAUUUUAAGGUGGACAGUUUGCCAGCACAACUUCUUGCCCCUGUUACUGAAAAUGGUGAGAACUUCUCAGUUGGUGAGAGGCAGUUGAUUUGUAUGGCAAGAGCUCUGCUAAGACACAGUAAGGUACGAAAUCCUGUUCGUCAGUAUAAACAACUGUCAGAUGAGUCAUGGUCUUGUUUUUUUACUUUGAUACAACAAAUUUUACACGUAAAUGUAAGUAUUUAAUAAGACACUUGCUUGGUAGGGAAUGUAUAAACUAUUGAUAGUUUUGUAACAACAAUUUGCAACACCGUUUAUUAUUGUAUGUGUUCCAGAUCUUACUACUUGAUGAAGCUACGGCCGCUAUUGACUCUGAGACAGGUAACGUGUUAAAAACAACGGGGAAGGGUUUCCAUAGAGGGAGUAUACCGCGUACUUAAUUUGGGAAAAUUUGGAAGCUGUCAGGCCAUUGUUAAUUUUCACAUUUCUGGGAGGAAAUUAACUUUCUCUUAUCUGUUCUUUAGAUGCUAAAAUCCAGGACACGAUCCGUGAGUCGUUUAAGGACUGCACGCUUUUAACGAUCGCACAUCGCCUGAAUACUGUUAUGGAUUCUGAUCGGAUUAUUGUCAUGGAUGAAGGAAAGGUACAAGGGCUGUUUAUUUGUUGUUCAAAACCAGUGAUGUACAAUUGAUAACAAAAAACGGCAAGAUCAUCUUUCGUGAUUUAUCAUUUUAUUGAUUGUAAUCGACUCAGUUAAGUUCAAAAAAACGAUACUGAGUUUAUGCUAAAGAGGAAUAUAAUGAAUAGAUUUGUUUUAUGCUACAAAGCUUUCGGCCCCAAAAUAUAACGUUGAAAGCUUCUUUAUUGAAAAACUAUGGCUUAGUUUGAUUUGCUCUCUUCCAGAUUGUUGAGUUUGAUAGUCCUUCCACAUUAUUGGCAACUCCAGACUCGACAUUUAGUAAACUUGUUCAAGCUACAGAAAUCGAAGCAGAGGAUCAUUACCUUGUAGAGUAACUACCGAUAAUUACUGCAAAGAAACACUGGACAGUGGAUAGAUUUUUUUUAAUAACGCGCGCGGAAGAUAUGUGUCAAUAAUGAUGACACAAUAAUCUAUAGACUGUUUUUCCGUAAGAUCUUCGAGAUGAAAGACUAUGGUUACGGGCGGCUAUCUUGGAUGGGUUUCAAAUCUACUUAGAGAGGGCGUGGACGGUUUGGUAGGAAGCUAUUUUUUCUCCCCCCCUCCCCCCACCGCUAUAAACCCUGACGCCUGUCCCCUCGUAAGAUGGCCGCCCGUACCGGUAAGCGCUCAAUCCUGACAACCUUACGGAAAAAAAAAGGGACUGUGAACAGUAUAAAUAAUCUACUUAAACUCUAUUUUUUGCAAACGAUCUUAGAGAUCAGAGAACAUGAGGUUAAAGGGACAGGAUCACGGUUCAGCGCAUGCACAUAUAUCAAAAUGCUGUUUUUCUGCCGGGACAUGCUGUAUCGUCUAUGCAAGCAAUAUGAUCAUGACAUAAUGUUGUCAAAGAACCAAUCUGCAAGCUCCCCUGGCAGUCACUUGCACUUCAUCAACUUAAAUAUUUGCAAAUAGCUGUAAAUUAAUCAACCAUGGAAUAAAACCAUCGGGUCAACAAUAAAUUCAACGUUGUUAGUGUUAGCAUAAUCCACUAUUUUUUCGGCGAUUUUAGUACUCCUCCAUCCUACUUCAGGUUACUCUGAAUACAAUUCUACUUUGAAAUACACUCUGAGAUCGCUGAGAUACAUGUGAGUGGGAUUAUUAACCGAUAGAAUUAAUAAUAAAAGUGGAAAGAAAGAAUUUAAUUAAUGAGCAUGAGGUUAACCGUGAACCUGUCCCUUACAAUAGACAUAUAUAACUAACUUUUCAUGGAAUAACGAAAUACUAUCGCUCCUUUUAAAUCGAUACGUAGGUACAAAGGGUGGAGGUGUGUGUUCGAGCAACUCGCUCGCUACACGAGGAGUUACCAGGAAUCUGAUUUUCAUCUUGAUCUUUAUUCUUCUUCGACUUCAGCUAACAAUUUUAAUCUUCUUGCUCAAUUUCUCUACUCAACCCUGGGUAUUUCUAUUAAACACCUCGUUACACUUUGGAAAGUUGUGUGUGAUUGCGCCGCGAAAAAAGUUCAAGAAACGUUAAACAUUUCGAAGUUUACGUCUGGACUGCAAAUGCUUUUGAAGGUCAAGUAAUCAUGCCGUUGGCGGCAGUGAAACUCGCGUUCGUGUGUUUAGCACUUAGGAGGUUAAUUAUUAGGAACCAUAUCCAAGUUCAAAAGAAAUGAAAAUUAUUUUUGUACUCACAUGAGAUAUUCAGCAAAAACCUGCGGGUAAGAAAAUGUAUUUUUCCAUAUUAGCCUAAACAGGUUCUUAUGUUAAUGGUAAUAAGCACAAAUGAAGGUUACGUUAACACGCACCGGACGAAUUUUCCAGUGGCUGAAAAAUUGGACCAGACACUUCGUUCACACGGGAUCGUUCAAUAUUUUCGCUCUAUUCACACGGAACUUUGAACGGCUAGGCGUCUAAAUUUUCGUACGUUUAGGGUGGUUCCGUAUGAAUUGAACACCUAAACGUACGAAUUUUCUACCGGUCGAAAAUUCGCUCAGUGGUAUGUAAACGUAGCCUGAGGCUAUUUGAGGUUUAUUAUCCGUAGAAAACGUUACAUUGUAGCGAACAGAAUUCAGUGGUAUUGAGUACUUUCUUUAUAUAGAAUCUGCAUACCACAUAUGUAUUAUUGUGACAAUGAUUUUAAUAGGGAAAAUUGAAGCACCGAUGACAUGAUCUUUGCAGUCUUCCUCUAGAACAUAACAUACAUUUACUUGCUUUUAGAAAUAGGAACCUGUUUUCAUACUAAGCUGGUUCUUGUAUAGAGGGGGCUAACUAGUCUUAUUUACGCUAACGGGUUUUGUUUUGCGGGUUGUUACU